AUGCAUCCACAGAGGUAAGAUUUGAUUAUUUUUUCACUGUGUUACAUUUAAUUACUAUCUUUUUUUUUGGACAUACAAAUUGUGCUUUUGUAGGUUACAUCAGCCCGGUUUGUUGCGCCCAUAUCACCUAUGAUCACUUUAUUCAACUGUUUAAAUCUGCUCUCUUGUGUCACAUGGUUGCCAGCCAUUAGCCAUUGAUUGCUGUAAAGGUAGUGUGGAGUUUGGGGUGGGAGGGAGACACUCGAUGAACUAAGUUUACUUCUAAAGAGUGCUGUUUUUUUUUCAUCAUUGGACACCCUCCCCCCCUGAGAAGGAGCCCUGUCUCUCUGCGUACAUUAUUGUCAAUCUCUGUGUCACAUGCUGCUGGAGUUAACAUGGAUGCCAAGAUUAGAAAAAGCCUGAAAAUGCCAAAACGGUCAGCAAAGGAAACUGGCAAACUGAUCUAAAGGCAAGUUUAACCUCUACUUGUCACUGGAGCAAAAAGCUAAUUCCAGGAAUCACAUUUUUUUUUGUAAACCGAGUAGGAGGAUCUUAUGAACACAAAUGUUUGACAUCGAUUUGGGGCCUAGCUUGCAUUUUGGAUUUUUGAAGCCUCACUCCUAAAGUUUUUUUCUUAAUUUUCUUAUUUGCUAUUUAAAAAAAAAUAUUGUUACGUACACUGUGGACUACGUAUACUGGCUCUUGCUCAUAAAUAUAUAUUUUUUUUUCUUUUUCUACUGGAAUACAAUAUUUAAAAAAAUAUAUAUUUUUUUCUCUAAAUUACAAACACUCAUCAAUUUUAAGUAUGACACAGAAUCCAAAUUACACGGAUGACACACAGUAAGUACUAUCAUUACCAAAUGUUUAUGGUUUACACAUUGUCUUGUUUUGGGAUACUUUGUUUGCAAUCUAGGUUUACAUUUUAGCAGUUGUUUGCAUUUUAUACUGUUUUCUUUUAUCCUGCAUGGUCACAGCUACAUAGAAUAAUGGACUGGGUAAAAAAACAAAACAAAAAAAUAACAUAAAAUGUGUCACCUAAUUUAACCCUUUCAGUGCUGGAGAGGCCUAGUGUACAUUUACAUUCCAUGCUUCUAGACCUCUCUCUGCGCAAAGGGUUAAUUCUAGUUUGCUGGUUCAGACACUUUAAACCCCUGGAAGGUUUCAAGGUAAGUAAAAUAGAUUUUUAAUUGAGGAUUUUUGUGGUUUUUUUUCACUCUCAAGAAGCAAACGUAUAAACAUAUUUUUUCUUUUUUGGAGACCUCAUCAGUUUCUGAUCAGAUGGGGUUGUGGGGGAAACCUUUAUAAAUGUUUUGUUUUUUUUUGUUUGUUUUUUUUAAAUUUCUCUUUGAUUAAUCUGCGUCUCAGGUUGUGUUGCCACUUCCUGUCGUUCACAAACCAUAUAACGCUUUUUUUUUCUUCUUUUUUUUUUAUCUUGGCUAUUUUAGUAAGCUGAGCUCAUUUCACGCAGCCCUGUUUUGCUUGGUCGAUUCUUUAGAUUCUAAAGGUCCUCAAUAAAACAUUCCAAAAAUGAAGGUCGCAUUGAGAUAAACUUUUUUUUUUUUUAUUGUAUUCUUUCUUUUUACCAGAUAUAAUUACGCAUUAACGUAAGUUGGCAUGCAUUGCACGUAACGAGUGUCUCCCAGUUUUGUCAUUAGGGACACAGUGUUGUUUACUAGGACACAUCUAUAACAUGCGCAUAUGUAAAAUAAAAAGAGAAUAUUGAUUGGUCUGGGGGGGUUUGUAAAGUAUCACUAGUCGUCUUAUCCACCCCCUCCAAGUCAUGGCCGGGCUGAAGCACAAAAGCCAUUCUUUCCAGUGAAGGGUAACUACCACACCACAGCUGUUGUUAAAAUAUAGGUCAUAUCAGCCUCAACCAGUCGGUGGAUGGCUAAGCCUGAUGUGAUUACUAUUCCAUCAUCACUUCACAUCCCUAACUGACCAUGUUUUGUGUUGUACAUCCUGUUCCUAAAGUAAAACCACUUCUGUUUUUCUGUUGCCAACUAAAUUAACCGUUUCCUCGGUUUUCUAGAAUAUUGCAAUUACAGAUUGCAUAUACAGAUAGACUAUAUCACGUUGCUUUUUUUUUUGUUAAUCCCCACUGGAAUAACGAUCUGCAGGCCUUCAAACACUAAGGGGAGUAAAGGUCAUAAGAUGGCGUCUGCUGUAUGAUUCAUAUCAGCUAAGCUGUGUGCUUCAUUGUUACAGUCAUUAUAAAAGAAAAUGGCAUAAUAAAGAAAUAUCCCCGGUGAAUUCACAGUUUACUUUCAACCAAUUCAAUAUUUUCAUCCCCCCCUGACCCCCCAUAAUUUUUCCUGUACAUAUCGAGGUUGAUUGUGGUCCCACAAAGAUGACUGGAGGGGCUGUCUCAACUCAUGGGCAAAGCAUUACAAAAUGGCCUCCUCUCCAUUUAUACCAUGCCUGACCAGUGAUCACUCACUUGGAAUAUUUUUUGCAGUUUUUUAAACAUUAUAUCCUUACACAAUGCCUCUUACACCCACGAUCACAGCUAGACUUUUGAAAUCACCAUUUUCCUUCUGGCCAUGUUGCCUAUUGGGAUAAAUCAACUUUUUAUAGUAUAUGGCUAGGCGGCCAUUUUCCUUGUACAACUGUUGGCAUUGGUUGCUGUAGUUAGUUAGGCCUUUAGGCCCAGUAAGGUGUAUUCACAGUUUAGGCAGUCCAAUGCUGCUGGUUUUAUUACCCCUCUCCGAUAAUUCUUGAAACGUGCUCUCCAUACAGGACUCCAUUUUGUCUACCACAUCGGCCAUUUUAGUUUCUGUCUAAACAGAUUCUAUUGGCGGUUACUAACUUGGUCAUGAUAUAAAGCAAUAGAGUUAAAUAUUUAAAGUAAUUGGUGCUUUUGCCAUAUGGAUUUUGUUUUUGAGUCUGACCAUUUCAGGGCUGUGAUGGCUAACACUAGCAACCCAAUAUAUUUCUGAUUCGCGUUACCCAUGAUGCUCAGCCAGCAUGUUCUAGUGCUCUAAAUCUCGACCUAGGGCAUCCAAUGAAUUAUUUUUGCAAAGUUUUUAAAGAUGUGCAGUAUUUAUUUGUGGAUUCGCUCAAACAAACAAUGAAUUUUGGUUUUCAUCUCACACAUACACCACCACCGGGAGAUAAAACAAAAAACAAAAACAAAAAACGCCUGCAUUGCACCAAGAGCAAAGAAAAUAUUUUCAAGGCUUCUUCAACCAGUCUGCCGCCCCUCUGCUGCUCCUACACCAAUGACGGCACAGAGGUGGCUGCAGAUUGACAGCUGCAAACAUAGAACAGGGAUAAGGCCUUCUGGAAUAUUCUACCAGCAAUGUUUACUUGACGUCAGGGCACUCAGUUCCUCUGAUCUUGUUCGUAUGUGUUUCUAAAGGGAGUGGUGUCUCACAGCCAAGCAUUUAAAACCUGUUUUGGUUUUAACAAUGGUUUUAGAAUGUUUCAAGGUUUUCUUUUUGCAUAUUGCUGAUGGGAUUCUUUUUUUUUUUUGUGAGAAAUAAAACUGCAUAAUAAAUCACUAGUGGGAACUAGUGGGAACAUUUUGACUCUUCAUUGGUUUUGAUUGGGGUCAAUAGGUGACGUAGGUGCGUCUAGAAUAUUCUUUUUGACCUGCUAAUGCUGUUGAUUUUGUAUUCCCCAAUCAUUGGCCUAUUACACCGUGUCGUCACAUUGUGCAGUCAUGGAUUACCAAAUACGUUGGAGAUUGGAAUAACAAGUCUUACUGAGUAUAUUUCUGAGUGGGUUGUAGUUAAGCCAAAAUUGACAGUUGGACAGAUUGGCAAAUCCUCUGGACAACACCCUCUGUAGCAUGCGUACAUGACGACACCUACUUUUCAUGCAUGUCUGUAAUCCUUAGACAUGGCGUACUUUACAAGUUAAAGACACAUUUGGCAUGUACGUGGGCCAGCUCAGGGCAGUCAGACUGGAGCUACGACUCGUGGUCCAGCUUGUGGCUGCCAAUCUGUCACUCAUCGUACAUAUUUCAAAUUUAUAAGCAAACAGGCCAGACCCUCUUAAGAUCCUUUUUUUAACUGGACUAUGCAGUGUUUAGAGUACACUCUCUGUUCAGCAAACAAAAUGGAGGAAGUGUAGGGCAUGCACACUGCAUUAUGAGAGUGUGCCUUGUCUUGUUUUAUUUUUUCUUGUGUUUAUAUUUGGCAGCUUGUACUGUAGUCUGAGCUUUUUGACAUCCCGAGACCUAAAUAAAGUAGUCAUAUAAAUAGAUUAAAAAGAACACUCGGGACACCAUAACAACUUAAGUUGAUAUGGUGCCAGGAGGUCCCUGGUGCUGGCUCACUGUAAGGAGUUAAACCGUUUUCGAAUGGUUUAACCCCAAAGUCUGUGUUCCAUUGCAGAAUCUCUCUGCCUCUCUCUCCUUCCGUUUUCUCAAAAUCUUUAAACUGGAAGGCUUUUGCAGAAUCGGCAACAGCCAGCUGAUGCUCUCAGCCAAUCCGUAACUUUCGAUUCAUAAAACUGGCUUGAAAUAGAUUAGCUUCUUAUCAAGACAGUUUUAUGAAUUGGCAGUCCCUGAUUGGCUGAGAGCAUCAGCUGACCGUUGCCCGAUUCUGCGAGACCCUUCUGGCUUAAAGAUUUAGAGAAAACUGAAAGACAGAGAAGCAGGGAAAUUCUGCACUUGAUCACAUACUUUCGGGCCAAAAUCGUUCGUGAUGUGAGUCAGCACUAAGGACUUAUUGGCACCAUAAGAACUUAAUUUAGAUGAAGUUGUUAUGGUGCCCAAACUGGUCCGAUAACGUUUGUUUUUUUUCAGGCUGCAAGCUUUUCGAUUUCCCAGGUCACAUUUGACUCCUGGUUCCUAAUAGCACCACGCCUCAGGAGGACAUUUGCUCUAAUAUAUCAUUAGUUCUUUGGACACCUGUAAAAAUGUAAACAUUAUGUUUUGAACAAGAGCAAGGUCAGGUAGCUGUUCAAAAAGGAGGGAGGAGAGAGAACAUGAAACCAGUGUGUUGUGUUUUCACCUCCCUAACUACAACGCUAAGGGGAUAAGGGACAAACGUGCUACUAUUUUCUUGUGGGAAACGUACACUGACAAAAAAAAAAACUAAGUCUGGUAUCUUCUACUCCCUCCCCCACUCAUGCAUUUGUAUUAAUUUUCUCACGGAGAUUCUGCCACUGUCUUCCAUUUUAAUGCAUUGCCUCUGAAGUUCAGAAAGAUAUUGAAAAUAUUUUUCUUUGUCAAUUUAUAGGGCCUAAGGAGCAGUUCUUUAAGAUAGACGAUAUAGUUUAUCCGCAUGGAGACAUUGAGGAUACAUGAGCAAUUUUGUGACGAUAGUGCCACACAAUAAUAGAAUAUAAUUAUAUUGUUCAUGGAAAUGGUUUUUCACCAGGAGUUUGCUAAACUACUAGUUGUUGGUGAAAACCCAAUAAUUGUCCAAUUGGUUGUGAUUUCCUCAUAUUUGUACAGUUUAACCUGUUGGUAAAUCCUUGUCAGAUCUCUGUCAAGUUAAUGCUAUAGAGCCACCUUGCUGUUGCACAAGUUGGUCAGUAGAUCAUUAAGUGUCAACUUCCUGCUGAGUUUAGCCAAAAUUAAUUUGCUGUUCAAAGUCUAUGAGAAAGUGUCUGCCCGCACCUCCCACGCCUCCCCCCUCUGUCAGUCCCUAUGUUGGCAUCCAGUUAGAUAUAGGGCUCAAUUUAAGAUUAUGGUGCUUGCUUACAAGUCCCUACAUAAUGCUGCUGCAACCUACCUAUCCUCCCUACACACAAAUAUGUCCUAUCGAGGCCCCUGCGCUCUGCCAAAGACCUACGCCUAUCCUCUGUUUAUACUCCCACAUCUGAUGCCAGCCUCCAAGACUUCUCCAUAGCUGCACCUUUUCUGUGGAACUUUUACCCAGUCUCCACUCCUUCAAAAAAUCUUUGAAAACACACUUCUUCAGGAAAGCAUAUCAUUUAAACUGUUAGUGGGUUUUCAUUCGGACCUCCCCCCUAUGACCCUUCUCCUUCAACUGUCAAAAAUAACCUAAGUUCUCAGUGAAUACUUUUCUAGCAACCUAUUUCAUUACCCCUACUUAUACCCUUUGUGUCACUAUACCCCACUCCCUCUAGCAUGUAAGCUCAUUGAGCAGGGCCCUCCACCUCUGUUCCUGUGCGUCCAUUUGUCUGGUUACAAUUACGUGUCUGUCAGUCCGCCCAUUGUACAGCGCUAAGGAAUUUGCUGGCGCUAUAUAAAUAAUACAAUAAUAAUAAUGAGAACAAAAAUGUCUGAAAUUAUUAGGUUGUUCCUGCAAAUUUGUUCCAUGCAUAGGCUGCAUUAGGAUGUGCUGUAACAUAGCUUGGGGCCUAGUCAACAGAAACUUGUUGAAGACCAACAUGUGUCCAUUUAAAAAAAGCAAAUAAACAAAUAAAACAGGAGAAGGGACAAAAUGGAUUCCAAAUAGCUUUUUACCGUGGUAAGCUAGUUUUGUCCCAAACUGGCAAAUAGCUUUGCGUGACAUUGAAUAUCAUAACACUUUACAAAUUUGCUAGGCUUGUUGUCCUAAAUAUGUCCCUCACAGUGUUAUGAAUGCUAUUGGGUAGCUGUAAAUAUAAUCCUGUUUGGGACAAGUUGCUAAAUUUAGCGCUAGUAAUGCCAUGUACUAAAAUAUUUACACUGCUGCAUCAGAAGAGGCCAUCUUUAACAAAGAUACAGCGUGUCAAGGAUACUACGGUUAUGUUAAACCCUUUGUGGAAGUUUUAUUUACAUGGAGGAACAUAAAUUGAAAUUGGAAUCACGCAGUUAAACUCUAAUAUGAAGCAGGCUUGCGUUGUUGUCUAAUAAAAACACCUUGGAUAUUUGGCAACAUGUAGUUACUCGGAAGGCAAACUCUCAUAUAUUAUUUUUAUUAGUUUGGAAAGGUAGUACACUUUCCUGACAAAAGAACCAUAAAAUAUAUAUUUUUGUAAUUUGUUUUUUUUUGUGUUCUUUGUAACUUCCACAUUUUAAUUUUACUUUAUAUUAUGUAUAGACCAAUGUAUGUCUGGUGUAUGUAUGUGUGUCUGUGUGUGUAUCUGUUUGUCUGGAUGUAUGUGUGUCUGCGUGUCUACAUAUCUGUAUGUCAGUGUCUACCCUAUGUAUAUGUAUGUGUGUCACUGUUUGUAUCUGUAUCUGUUAUAUGGUGUGUAUCUGUAUGUAUGUCAGUGCGUGUUUAUCUGCAUGUGUGUCUGUGUAACUAUGACCUGCUUCACCCUGCCACACUCACAAUAACUCCCCCAAUCCUGUCACUCACCAAUGCCAUACUUACCUCCUAUCACUCUCACACUCACCUUCUCUAGCACUGUCACACUCAUUCUCCCUCACUUUGUCACACUCGCCCCCUUUCACUCUAUCACAUAAACCCCUCCAAUUCUGUCAUACUCAUCCUCCCCAACCAUGCUACACUCACCCUGUGGGACAUGAAUGAAACACUUGGAGGGCCUGGGGGCAUGAAUGUGACACAUGAAGGGGGAGAUAUGUGGGGAUGGGGCAAAAUUCGCACCGGCUCCCUGUGGUUUCUAAUUACACCUCUGGACUAUAACAUUUAUAUUUUAAUGAAGUCCAUCAACAGAAACAAUCCAUAGAAUGAACUAGGACUGACAAACACUCGCUACCCCAAUGCUCCACUGUAGAAUGCCCCUUGUACAGAAUUUCAAAAAGAAGUAGAGGUAUAUCUGAACCAUGUGUGUAAUUGAAAGAGUAGUAGCUACAAAGUUGUUCAGGGUACAUUUAACAUUUACUUGUCAUAACAAGGCAAUUCUCCAUUUUCCCUAUAUAUUUGUCCUGGAACAUCCCUUUGAUAAUAAUUAUAUCUGAUAUUUUGGAGAAAGGGACAGAUCUCUGUGGGCUCCAUUGUCUAAAUAUUGCCUCGUUGUUACGUUAGCAGCACCAAAAGAGGUAAAGAUGAUUAAAUCUCGUUUAUGUUGGCUGGAGAUGUUUUCGAGGAUGCACUGACGGCAUAUUUUGGAGACCAGGUCAACAGUGAGCAGUUUUCAGUCUAUGUGCACUCCAUUUGCCCAUUGUUGUACAAUUUUGUGCAUUUUCUGCCCAAUUAAUUCUUUUUUUUUUUUGCUUCCUAAAUUCUUUACACACUCACCUUGACACUCAAUGGUUAAACUCCGAUGGGCGUUUGUUGAGCUUUAGUCCAUGAGUAAGCAUCUUUAUCAGAAGGCGUGUGAGGUGGGUUAUUGUAGCGUAAUGGAGAUUGCUUUACCAUCACUCUAUGGCUCUGUUAUUUUCAGGUGCCCAUUUAUCUCCUGUUUACAUUUUUUUUUAAUAUUAAUUACCCAUCUUUGUCACAAUUUAUUUUUUAAUGGCCUACGUAUUCUGCAGCUCUGUAUCAUUGGAAAAAGUAUACAAAUAAACAUGAAACAUUGAAACAGACAGACACAAGCUUAUUCCUUGCUAGAAUUUACGAUCUGUCUCCUGUACCUAUUCAACAAAAUGGAGGACGUCUGGAAUGCCUUUACAGUGUGCAUUUACCUUUUAUGGACUGUCUCCUCCAUGCCAUCCAUUUCCCAAAGCAUAAACCUUUAAGAAUACCAAUGAAUAAAUCUUAUUGUUGUUAAUUCCACAAAUUUAAAAAACAAAAACACCAUGGGUUUUAAAGGAACACUUUAACAAUUGAGAUGUACAUAUGUUCACAGCAUGAUAUAAUUAAAGGGACACUAGAGGUACAAAAAUACAUUUAAAAACAAUAUAAAUGAUAAAUAUCAUUUAUAUUGUUUUUAUCUUUUUGUCUGUCACAAGGUUGGGUAAUACCUAUAAUAGUGAGCACCUAAUGCACCUAAACUAGUUUUUAUUUACAAAAAUAAAUGUACCUUAAUGGCAUGAUUUUGGUGUAUAGAUGCUGCCUCUGAAGUCUCACUGUUCAACUCUCUGCCAUGUUACCGUAUAUACUCGAAUAUAAGCCGAGGCCCCUAAUUUUACCACAAAAAACUGAGAAAACUUAUUGACUCGAGUAUAAGCCUAGGGUGGGAAAUGCAGAAGCUACUGGUAAAUUUCUAAAUAAAAUUUAGAUCCCAAUAAAAUUACAUUCAUUGAAUAUUUAUUUACAGUGUGUGUAUAGCAUGAAUGCAGAGUGUGUGUUUGUGUGUGUGUAUAUAAUGAAUGCAGUGUGUGUUUGUGUGUAGUGUGUGUAUAUAAUGAAUGCAGUGUGUGUAUAUAUGUGUAUAUAAUGAAUGCAGUGUGUGUGUAUAUAAUGAAUGCAGUGUGUGUUUGUGUGAAUGCAGUGUGUGUGCGUGUUUGUGUAGUGUGUGUAAACUGGGUGAGGGGAGGGAAGGGCAUUUUUAUUAUUAUUAUAUUUUUUUAAUAUUUAUUAUUAUUAUUAAUUUAUUUUAAUAUUAUUAUUAUUUUAUUAUUUUAAUAUUAUUUUAUUCUAAUAUUUGUAUUUUUUUUUUUAUUUAAUAGUUUUUUUGUCCCCCCUCCCUGCUUGUUGCCUGGCCAGGGAGGGGGGCUAUGUUAAUCCCUGGUGGUUCAGUGGAUGGGCUGUGCAGUGGGGGGGUUGGCAGAGAGCUGUUACUUACCUUCCUGUCAGCUCCCUUCACCUCCGUGCAGCUCCAUUCUGCUUACAGUGUAAGUCUCGCGGUAUGCGUGCCGCGCUGAGUGUUGCCACGGUAACCCGUGGCAAUGCUCUGACGGCCGCGGGUGUCGUGAGACACUGUAAGCAGAACGGAGCUGACAGGAGCUGCAGGAAAGGUAAGUAACAGUUUGCUGUCAGCCCCCAACAGGACCGCCAGGCUUGUAAUGAGCCCGGUGGUCCUGGUCUGUAUUAUGGCAAUGUAAGUUGCCAUAAUACAGACAUUGACUCGAAUAUAAGCCAAGUGGGGGUUUUUCAGCACAAAAAAUGUGCCGAAAAACUCGGCUUAUACUCGAGUAUAUACGGUAAAUUACUUUGUUUAUGCACCCCUAGUCACACCUCCCUGCAUGUGACUUAGACAGCCUUCCUAAACACUUCCUGUAAAGAGUCAUCUAAUGUUCAAACAUCCUAUUUUGUACCAUCUGUUUAAUUUAGAAUUUUGCAUCUCUUGCUCUGUUAAUAGCCUUUUAGACCCUACAGGAGCACCUGUGUAUGUGUGAUUAAACGUCAAUUUACAGAGCAGGAGAUAAAAACAUCUAAAGCAAGUUAACAUUUUAAUGAAAAUAAAACCAUUUUGUUUUAAUGCAGGCUGUGUCAGUCACAGCCAGCGGAGGAGUGGCUACGGCUGCAUCAACAGAAACAAAUGUGAUUUAACUCCUAAAUGGCAGAGAAUUGACCAGUGAGACUGCAGGGGCAUAAUCUAUACACCAAAACAGCUUCUUUAUGCCAAAGUUUUUUGAUGCCUAUAGUGUCCCUUUUAAUAUAAAGGGCUUCAAAAUAAAUUUUUUUAGAGGGAGAGGUUUGUGGCAAUAAUAGAAACAAGAUAACAUUGAUAGUAUAGAAUCUAAUUCUGCCUUUGAAGAUAAGGAUUAAGACCUCUGAUUCCUACCUGUAUCUCUGCCUAAGCCAUUGGCAAUAGGAGACUGCCUUACUCUUGGUACUCAACAUAAGUCAAAGGGACACUGUAGGCACCCGGACAACAUUGAAGUAGUCUGGGUGCAAUUUCCCUGUCCCCUUAUCCCUGCAAUGUUAAUUAUUGCAGUUUCUGAGAAACUGCAAUAAUUACACUGCAAGGUUGAGACUGCCUUUAGUGACAGUCAGUCAGACUGCCACUAGAGGCACUUCCUGCUUGCUUUUGGUUGCAUAACGGAUGCUGGACGUUAUACGCUCUGCAUGAGGACAUCCAGCGUCCGUAAAAUCCCAUUAGGAACGCUUUGAAACAGUGUGUUCCUAUGGGGAGGGCAAAAUGUGCUUGUGCGACAUUAGCCCACCUGUCUGGUGAUGUCUGAGGAGGUGGAAAGCCUAUCCAGCGCUAAGGUAGAUCGGUGCUUGAAUUGGGUGAGUACAGUAACGUUUUUUUUUACCCUUACAGUGCAGGGGACGGGGGGCGAUGGCAGAGGGAACUAUACAUUGUAUUUCUAGCACUAUAGUAUCCCUUUAAAGUGUCUUGAAUGACCUUAUGUUCUUUCCAGUCAAGGAAAUUUCCAUAUAUGGAGACAGUAGAUAUUUCUAAACUUUCUGCCCUAUUAAUCCUUCGAGGCUAUGGCUUUGACCAAGUACAGCAAAAGUCUCCUUCUAUAUCUCACCCACUGUCCAAGGAUCCACCCUUUAUCUGCGCACCUAUAACUUAUUCAUUAUGGGGAGAAAUAUAUUUUGUGUGAAUUUUUCAUCAAUUUUAUUUUUUAAUUUUUUUAGGUACGUGUAGGACCAAGCAUAGAUUAUAUUCAUGUUUUCUGUUUAACUUUGCGUCACUACCCACAACUUCCUUGUUGACAGGUGGUUUCGGGUUAGAGACCCAAACCGUGUAUUUUGAAACUUUUCUUUAUUUGGAAAGUAAGCUCAGCAAGUCCUUCUUCAAGUGUGAUACAAUUAACCAUUAAAUAUUAUCAGCAAAACAUGUUAGACACUUCCAAAUAUCGUAGGGAUCUCCAUUGCCCUGGCUAAGGUCGUGAUGCAACAUUAACUUACUGGGGUCAGAUGAAAUGGCUGUGCUAGUUUCUACCAUAGGGGACUCAACUUAAUGAUAAUUAAGAAUCUGUUUUACAGCCCAUGAGCAGCUAUGUUUCAGUAGGGUGAGGUAGUUGUACAUAGCACAGUCAUGUCAAGUUCUAAACUGAAGCAUUCAUCAGGAACAUUCCAUUGGUUUCCAUGGUGAUUGCUUCACAUUUAGAACCUUUCCCUAAAAUACAAUGUAAGGUAAAAUAACCUCCCAAACUGUUACAUUUUUCCCAUUUUAUAGGUGGAUGAACCUGGUAACUGAUUGUUGAUACUAACGUUGAUCUUUGGAGAGGUCACAGUCAUUAGGCAUUCCAGGAAUGAUGAUAUUGUUAUAUUGAUAUUAGAAGAGAUAGCAAUUUAUUGGUAACGAACCAUAAUUGGUGAUGCAAAAGGACAUGCAUGUGUUUUGUUAAUACUUCAAUUUUCCAAAGUUGUUUACACAUUCCUUUUGGUAUUAACAUCUUCCUAUCCGGCGUGUUCUUACACACUUUACCCUUUUAAAAUUACCGAAUGUUUGUGCAACAUUGACACAUUUCUUUUCUUGGUUUUGUGAUUUUUUUUUUCUUCACUUAACCUUUUUUGUUUUAUUUUUUUCUCCCCCCCCCACCCCCUAACAAAUCUUGAAAUUUGAGGCAAUCCGCUUGGUUCGGUGGUGCCGGAUACAGCGGCUGGGGAAAAAAAAAAAAAUUAGUGAAACACUUUAGUGAACAGAUGCCUUUAUGGCCUGAACUGCUUCCAUUUUAGAUAGAGUGCAGGGCUGAUGCAGUUCUCUGUUGCCUGACGCCAUUUUAAGAGACUGCACAAGUAGCUUUACCCAUCGAUGACUAAGACAGUGUAAUAGGUGAGUCCUGCUCUAAAAGCUGCUAUUUCUACAGUUUCAAAUUUGCUAACCUUUGCUCCUGUAUACAUGAUCUUUAAAUAUUGGGUUUAAAUGGCUUUGGAUUUCAGCUUCCUUUAAAUACUGUACAUUUUGUAGACCAGGAAUAUAUUUAACAAUUUUAAAGGUGCAAAGCUCUUGUUUUUCCUGGUUUCGAGUUCUCACUGCUGUUUUCUGUUUUUUGUGUGAAAUGUCUGAUAAUCGUCUUGUCAUGUUCUGUCUUAGCAAUUCAAGCUUCGUUGAGAACAUUUGCUUUAUCUGUCAGUGUUAUGCUUUGAUUUAUUUAAUUUUGUCUCCCCCCCUUUUUUUUUCUCUUUUUUUUUUACCAGUCUGCCACAAUAUAACCCCCCAAUAUAAAAAGCAUGCCUCUUGCAAUAAAAAGUACAGUUGACACAGAACAAAAUCAGCCAGGCAACUAUUUAACCUUUAACCCUCUGAGUGCUGGUAGGUAAAAUAAUACAUGUGCACACAUUCCUGGCACUCAGAGGGUUAAACUGCUGACAGCUGAUGUAUUCAUAAGACUAUUGUGUAUAUGGUAUUGGAAGAACAUCCGUAUAUAACUGUAUGUUUUAUUAUAGGUUCAACCCUUUCUUUGCCUGUAGGGAUCUUUGCAACACAUUACAAUACUACACUAGUGUUUAUGGAGUUAAAGAAAUGUUCCGACUGGAGCCAGUGUAUCCUCUGCUUAUAUUAUUGCUUCUAUAAUCUACUUCCCAUUUAGCUACAUUCUCACAUUGCUUUAAAAUGGCGUUUCUUAGAUUCCACUGUUGAAUUGAGAUAUGCGUUAACUAUUUGAAUGCCAAAGAGCUCAGCAAUAGCAUGCAUUACUCACCCCCCGCGUAACUCAAAUGGUUAACUGUGCAAUAGAUUAGAUCAGUCGUUUUGUGACAUUAUCAAUUCUAACACAGAGAUUUGAAUGCAGCAAGAUCCGUUCUGCUGUUUUUAAUCUUUGCCUUUGGUCGCAGAAGAGAGGCAAAUCUAUGUUAAAAUGUCACUAGCCCACACAGAAUUGCCCACAAUUAGCCCCCCAAACCUUACCUUUUUUUUUUUGUCCUCUAAAAUCAGUCCUGUCUUCUUGCCCAAGAGGUUAAUUCACAGUCCUGUGUCUAUUAGCUUACUGUCUGCAGUACAUGGCAACAUCUAGUCCACAGUCAAUAUCAGCGAAUGAGAUUUGAAUUUUGUUUCCCCCCAUUUAAAGGUGUUAUUUUCUAAAUCACAAAUAGAAUCAUCUUGUUUUGAAAGAAUAUUCCAGAUAAUUUUACAAAUGAUUAUUCUUAAAGCUGCCUGACUACUGCAUUUUAUUAAAGAUGUCUGUUUUAUUUUUUUUAAUAUACCAUCCUCACAUUAUUUCAGGGCACUUCAGCUAAGUCACAAGGUUUUCCUUACGGAGAAUUCUGCAGGGGCUUAAAUGUGCCUCUUGAAUACUGACACUGGACAUACAAAGUACUGUUUAUCUUCCCUCUCGCUCACUAUUUUCUUGGCUUUUAGCAAAGAGCAGUCUAUAAUUUAUCACUGGAAGCAUGGGGCAACAAAAAGCCCAUCAAUGCUACCAAUAUAGGCAGUAGUGCACUGAACACUUUUUUUUUUUCUAAAUCCAGGAAGCAGAGGUGAUUUGUGGGUCUUCAUCCAGAGGGUAAUUGGUUAAAUAAAAAUCCUAUUCAAACAACUACAAUUCUUCCAGCCAUCAUUGAAAGAGAUUGACACUAUUGGGUGAAGCCAUGUUCAUUUGGCAACUGUUACAAGGGUUGUAAAAGAAUCAUGUCCCUUCGGAAUCCUAAGGAUUGUAUAUGAUCAUAUAGCAAUGUAACACUCUGGCUAAUUUUUUUUUUUUUUCAUUUUUUUUUCUUGUAUUUUUUUCCUAGCUUGGCCGAGGAGGAAAUCAAGACGGAGCAGGAGGUGGUAGAGGGAAUGGAUGUCACAACGAGAUCCAAAGGUAAGGAAUCUGUCCCAUAUUCUUUGAAAAACUGGGAUAUUUGCAGAGUCACUGAAGUCCAUUCUAAAUUCUGUAUCACUAUGGCCUUCACUCAGACUACAUUUCAUGGCUGUGUCUGUAUUAAAUGUGCUAAGUGUUUUAAUGGCAGAAUUUACAAAAGCAUUUAUAACCUGAUUGAGAAAGAGAGUUAAACACAUAGUGUCCAGUUGCUUUAUCUAGCUCCUAGUAUCAAAUUCAUAAUGUAAAAUAUAAAAUUUUAUAGGCCAUAAUUCAUAUUUACUCUGUUUAGAGUUCUAUUUUUUGGGCUUAUACUAGCAUUUUAUGUGUGGUUGUUUUAAUGUUUAUUAUGUGUCACUCAUACCUUUAUUAUUUUGGUGUUUAGGCUCUGCUUACCUCUGUUGUUUAGUUUUUUUUUUUAACAUUUUUGUUUUAGACAUCUCGGCAUUUGGGUAAAUAUAUUUAUACACUUAUUUUAGGGAUGUCAAUUUAGAUAAAUGUUUGAAAUUACUAUGUGGACCGAAAGCUAAUUUCUAAACGAUUAAUCUAGUACAAGUGUUAUUGACUGUGGUAGAUAUGAAUGGUUUAAAGAUAAAUGUUAAUAUUUGGAUAUGGCUUGUGUUAAUUGUUAAUGGGCUGGAAAUGUCCUGGCACACAUGGCUACCAGGCAACUUCCUGUCUGAAUCGGCACUUUCAUGGCCAGCAGGAAGUUUGGUGGCAGCCAUCCUGGAACAUCAAUGAAUUAAGAAGUGCUUUGUUAAAUUUUGUUGAAGGCAGAAUAUGGCUAAAAUUGAGUUUGUGUGGUUACAAAGUGACAAAUCUAAUGGAUAGAUUAUGUAGCAUUUUUUCUCCCCCCAAUACGAUUUAUAUAUUAUUUUUUUUAAUAAGCAGACCACUAUUAAUAGCUUAGAUGUUGGACUGAUGUUUAUGACCAUUUAUUGUGCGUUAUUACAUUAUACACCCUGGUUUCAAAACUGUGUGUGUUAAAGUAUUUAGCCUCAGACCCCUCAGCUCACUAACAUCCUACUUCAUUUUUAACAUAUGUCUCAAAGAUAUCAUCCUCCUGGAAAUCUUAAUAGUCCUGUUUUGCCUAGAAUUGUCCUGUAAUAAUGCUCUAUUUUUCUAAUUCUCUGUUUAAAAGCCAAGUCACAUAACACUCUUUUUAGCUACACUUGUGCACUGUUGGCACCAUAACUGUUUCACUUCAUUGAAGUGGUUAUAGUGUCCCUAGCAACGUCUUUCCAUUAAGCAUAUUUAAUGUUUUAUUGCUAAAUGAGAGUCCACAGCAUCCCACCCUCUCUGUGCUGCUUGGGCUAAUGAGGAAGUGUUAGCUUAACCAGUAGUGGGUGGCUGUGAUUCGCUCAGAGUGUCAGCCGACCGUUUCCAGCCUAUCACAAUGCCCAUUGCUGGUAAGAAUCAAUGGUUUAACGCUAAAUGGAGGGACAGUGCCAUGGCCACCAGGCACUAUAACCAAGUUAAUGAGCUGAAAUUGUUAUAGUGCCUACUGUGUCCCUUUUAGUGUAUGUGUGUGCUUUUUUUUUUUAUAACUUUAUGGACCCCACAGUGGUGGUGACAUCUCUUGACAUUUUGGGAUGUGCACGCUAACACAUUCAUGCAUUUGAGCAUUGGUUUAUUUAUUUUCUCUUCAGUUGAAGCUAAUUUUAGUUCGCUUAAAGGACCACUUUAGUGCCAGGAAAACAUACUCGUUUUCCUGGCACUAUAGUGCCCUGAGGGCGCCCCCACCCUCAGGGUCCCCCUCCCGCCUGGCUCUGGGGAGAGGAAAGGGGUUAAACUUACCUUUAUUCCAGCGCCGGGCGGGUAGCUUUCCUCCUCCUCUCCACCUCUUCGGCUGAAUGCGCAUGCGUGGCAGGAGCUGCGCGUGCAUUCAGCCAGUCUCAUAGGAAAGCAUUCAUAAUGCUUUCCUAUGGACGCUGGCAUCUUCUCACUGUGAUUUUCACAGUGAGAAGCACGCAAGCGCCUCUAGCGGCUGUCAAUGAGACAGCCACUAGAGGCUUUGAGGGCUGGAUUAACCCAUUUAUAAACAUAGCAGUUUCACAGAAACUGCUAUGUUUAUAUAAAAAUAAAAAAAAAGGGUUAAUCCUAGAGGGAUCUGGCACCCAGACCACUUCAUUAAGCUGAAGUGGUCUGGGUGCCUAGAGUGGUCCUUUAAUUACAAAAAGAUACUGAAUUCUGUGUGGCAGUUAACGUAAAGUCUGAGCUUUUUGCUUCUUUCUCUGAUAUCAUUGGUUCAUUGAAUGAAGCUGCACUUGGAGGAAAAAGGCUGUUAUCCAAUGAACAAGCUCUGGGAAAUUCACUUGGAGCAUGUGCCAAUGCUUCCCAGUGCAAGCUGUAUGGUGGCAGAGUUCCGUACUGAAUUAAUGCAGUCACCAAUCAGCAUCCACCCUGGAAGCUAGUUGAUUUGGUCAGAUUGCUACAUUAGAACAAGUGAUAGAACCCAAUGCAUAUUUUAGCCUUGGGAGGGAAGAAAUCUAGUGCCAGGGAAGCAAUUGGCAUUACUGGUGACACACCGUGGCUGGAAUGGAGUCAUGGCUCAUAGCGAAGCUUGGCAACUGAAGAAACCCGCGUGUAAGAACUGGUCAAAGCAUUCUAGCACGGGCAGAUCUGCGUUGCAUUGACCUUGAACAGUGCAAAUACGUUUAAUGACGUGUAUUUUUUUUGGUGCCUGAGACUGUAUCUCUAGAUCUUUGACGGUUUGCAGCUAUGCCAGUGAUUUUUGGCAUUUUUACUAUAAGUAUAUAAUAUCGUAUCAUAAAUACAGCAUAAUCUGAUUUCUGCAUUCGAGAUAAGUGCUCUUUUGUAUUUAGCGCAGUUCUACAAGCAGGUGUUUUAUAUGAAUGAUGUUAAUUUAAGGAAACAGAUGUGUUUCACUCUCCUGUCUUCUGACCACAAAGUGGUCUCAUGUUGGCACAAUCUUUUUGUAUGUAUGUGCUCCUAUAUCUAUAUUUGCAGGCUGGGGUAGGUUCUAUAACCGACAUUCUCAUUAGUAAAUUAUAUGGUCAAAAUACAGGUCUUGUGUGUUUUUGUGACCUCCUUGUUAAUGGAGGUGUAUAACUUUCUUUGCUAUUAAAUAGUGAGGUUAUUCCAUAAGAAGUGUGUACUAAAUACUGAUUUACAUGUUCUCAGAUAUUCAUGAAAGACACAGCUGUGGGUAAAGGGGUUGUGAAAGUGAUUUACACUCCAGUUAUGCAGAUCGUUGUGAAAUUCCACAUCCUAUACUGCCUGGGUUAGCCAUAUUUAUAGUGAGUUUUAACUAAAAGCUAGCAAUUAAAUAGCAAUAGCUAUUAAUUAAACAUUUUUAUUUUUGUGUGUUUUGCAUUUUCACCUCAGAGACACGUUUGCUUUAUAUAAAGUUGCAUAAAGUUAAAGGAUGAUAGAAAAUAUUCUUUGGGAUGCCUCUUUUUAAAAGCAUCCAUUAACUCCUGGCAAUACAACACUACGAGCCAUUGCGUUCCACAUGUGGAAACGUAUAAAAACAGGGUCUAUAAAAGAUCCUGUGAGACCACGGGAUGCCGUGGGCAUUUGUUGCACUUUGCUUAAGAUAAUAUCUUAAACUUCAGCCAUUCCCCUCUAUGACUUGUUAUAAUGGGUGGGACAACAAGGCAGUUGAAAAUGCAAAAAUGCGUAGUUUUUUCCCUUUUCUAAGAGGUACAUAGUACAAUUUAUCUUUAGAAUGGUUUGAAAUUUCAGUGCAACAUAUUGGCAUUGUUUAUUUUCAUAAAGAUGUCUUCAUAAAAAAAAAAAAAAGAAAAGAAAAUCAAACAUAACAGGUUUACUUUAGAGUGUUAGUAUGUCAUUUUAGCGGCAGGCACCGACAUCACUGCUGUACUCUCACACAUGCGCAAGAGUGCAUCAGAAAAAUCUAUGGAGGAUCCCGUGAGACCGUAGGAUCCUCCAUAGAUACAGCUAAUAUCUCUGCAACACUUUUCAAUGGCGGUAAUGCCUUCCAGUGUCAAGAAGUGACAGGCGUGGGCAAUAUUCUGAGACAAGGUAGUCCCAAGGUGGUCCCUACUUUGUCUCAGUAUAUCUUACGACUGGGUUGGAAUUCCAACACAGUCAGUAGGAGUAUUUCAUAUAAGGGGCAGGUAGGCAGUGCCGCUUUAAGGUAAUGUCUGACGCAAUGUACAUUUUUGUUUGGUUUAUUGAUUAUCCCUUGCACCUAUAAUAUCGAAAGACGGACCAAUAAUGUCUGUUUUUAGAUAUUCUUGAAGAAUCUAGGAAAACUUAAUGCGUGAAAUAAAUCUUCUGUUGUCUCUGAUAUUACCUGUUAUCUUUCAGGUUGUCAGAUUUGAUUUUAGUUCUUUAAAUUGCUGACCUAUUCUCUGACCUACGCCUGGUAGAUGGCUGGAAGGAGAGGGAGUUGAUCAGCUCAUAGGCUUCCCCUAAAAGGUGGGUUUUUACCGUAUAUUUGUUGCAAGGACUGGAAUCUAGGGGAAAGCCUGAUGGCAUUGGGAAUGGCAUUCUGUAAAAUAGAUAGAACUGUUCUAUAGAUCAUUCCAAGGUUUGUAGAUUAGUCAAUAUCUCUUAUUGGAGCUGAAAUUGAGCCUGGGGUACUGUUCCAAUGUAUUUGAACUGCAUUGUCCAUGAUUCUGUGUCAGCGUUUAGAGUUGCAAAGCAUCAUGGGUAAUGCAGUUCCCAGGUAUCUAGUUUAAACCAUCACAAGUUUGAAAGUGUUGUCUAAACUACAGAAACCACACAAAACACUUUUUGUUUGUUUGGUUGGUUGUUUUUUUUUUUUUUGCAAUAUUUAAGCGUUAUUUGGUGUUCUCGAAGCUAAAUAACAAAAGCUGGUCAUGUUUGGGGAAAAACACAAAAAACUAUAAUGCUGCAUCCAGCCUAAAGUCCUGUGUUUAUCGCACAUACCCUGCACAAUUGUAAAGGAAAAAGGGUGAUAUCCACUGGAUUAACAAAGCCUCCGGAUGUAUUAUGCCAAUUUAGCAGUGUGGAAACAUGUGGCUGAGCAAGCAUAACUAACGGAGUUGGAAUACUGUAUUAUUGACGUCUAUUAUUUAUAUAGCUCCAACAAGGUCUGCAGCGCUGUUAGCUUACUGGAAAAAAAAAAAAAGAAAAAAGGUCACUUUAGUAGUUUGAUGUUAAUAAAUCAAAGAAAGAGUUUGAGGUCCUGGCCAACAGUCUUACAACAUAGAGCAUAUUUAAUGUAGAUUCUUUGUAAAAUAUGAAAAAUAAGGGGCAUUUAAUGAGUCUUGGCAUUGCAAAUAUUCAGGACUACAAACCUUUGCAGUGCAUAAGUUAGUUAUAACUGCACUGUAUUCUAUCUGAAAGGAAACAUGUUGACUAUUCCUCAUGUUUUUUUUGUAAGGAAAUUAUCCUUGUAUUCCAAAAUGUAACUAAGGGAUGAGUUGAAGAAACUGUGUUUCCAGGGGGAAUUUGUAAUGGGGUAAAAGGUGAUUUCUGAAGCAGCGUAUUUUGAAAGCCUAUAAAUGCAAUCACGGUUUGUAUAUAAAACACAUGUUAAGGCACUAUAGUGACCUUUUGAUUUGAACUGGUACACCUCAAACCUGUCAUUGAACUGUAAGCUGCUAUCCGCAACCAUUUUGUUUGCUCUCCACAGGACACGUAACAAAAUGGUGGCUAGAGGAAUGUCUGUCACCAAGCUUCCCAGACUGAACACAUUCUAUGUUUUACAUUCCAUCUCACCAGCUUAUAAAAGCCACAAUUUCAACAUCAGCUAACACGAUGGGCUUGCUUUGUGUCUGAGGACAGUGUGUGCAGCUUUUCUUCCUUUAAUGUAAGCUGCGUAUUCUAGUUAUUUCUGCACUGAUAACCCUUUGCAUACCAGCAAUCGAGUAUCCUUUUCUUUUUGUAAUGAACAUUUUUAUUGAGUUUUGGAUAGCAAUUUAUAUCCUAUAGGAGAUCCACAGAAUCAAAACAUUUGAAAACGAAUUAGUACCACACAAGUUUGGGUCUUUCAACGUUAAAACCAUUAGGUUUCUGACCUCAUAGUAUUACAAAGGCAAGAAAAGGCCGAAAAAAGAACAGGAGAAGGAAACCCUAUCCAGAUGAGCAGGAGAGAGGACCCAUCCCCCGCAAAAAUAGAAGUUGUAUGAAGAGUAAUUUGGCAACAUUCUAAACUUGGAGCAAUCAGCAGGAAUAUUCCCUUAGUUUCCAUGGUGACAACUCUGCUUAUAGAAAUUUGCCACCUUACUGAUGGUAAUGGAACUUUAUGGUAAUCCUUCCAUUUGGCUUUCUUAGCGCUCCUGGUUGAUUUAGAUGGCCAUUUGCAGAUUUAGGUUUAGCAAACUAAACUGUCUUUUUAUCUGCCUUCCAAGUAAAAUAGCAGAACCACCUAUAGGAUUUAUCGGACCUCUAUUACAUACUUUGCGAGAAGCGGAAUGCCGGUGGGAAAGGGAUUAAGGGGCUUGGGCCAGUGACGCAAUUAUAUCACUAGCUCCACCAAAUGGGGGCAGACCCAAUCAUUACUGGCAGAUCAGGAAAAGAACGCAAUAAUCGUGACUGUUCUGUGGAAAAUGCAGUGGUUGUGAAGCCUGGUAUUUUGCCAAACAUUUAAAAAAAAAAUGUAAGCAAAACAGGGAGUUUAAACCCCAAGGAUAUGCACCCCAACCACAAAAAUAAGCAGCAGGGGUUAUGGUACUUUGAGUGCUUCUUUAGCAUGAGUCAAAAUUACCUCCAACAAUGCAAGGUUUCCAGAUAACAAGGUCAACGCAACUGCUAUAAAAUAACCUCUAACACUUUGCAACACUGUUCCUUUCUCACAAAUGGCUGGGGUGCGUUAAGCUGCCAUCUGCAGAGACUGGAAUGCUGUGCCUCACAGACAGUCUUUGUUCUUUUCAUUGUUUAGCCGCAUGCAGUAGUUGAGAGAGAUUUUUGUGACAUUUUUUCUGUUUUCCUGUACUAGUGAAUGUGCUGGAUGGCAGCUCACAAUGCACACUUUGCGGCCUAAUACAAUGUGUACUUUUGUGUUGUGCAUUUGUUCUACCCUCAGUGGUGCCGUUUAACCUUCUCAGUUUACGUGUUCAUUUUUGUCCUUAAAGCAUUGACAGAUUACUAUAUCCCACCAGAAUUCUUUAUUUUAUUUUUUUUUAUGUCCAACACCAGUUUAUUUCGCACUUUGACUUUGAUUAUGAUUGUGAAGAAACAAAGCCAUUAAACUGCUCUGAGUAAAUAUAAAAGCAGACUUUCAUCUUUAGGACAAUUACUGUGAACAGUCCAUAAUAGAACCGGGGCUAUUUGUACUUUGCUUCUGUGAAUUCUCCUCCGCCCCUCCUCCUCCUCUUUCUUCCCUGUGCGAUUUGUAGUAUAUAUUCUGCAUAAUACAAAAUAAAUACAAAAUUAUAUAAAGCUCAGUUAUUGAUUAUAUCCGUUUUAAUUCUUUGUGUCCAGAAGGGUUAAAAUUGAAGCCACUAACUGUUGCUUUAGUCUCAUUACACCUUGUGUAAUAGGACUGGGGACAUGCAGGGGCCCAUCAUGGGUCACAAGGUAGAGAGCCAUGUUUUAUCAAACGGGAAAUAAAGGUUGGAUUGUGUCCUUCAUUACAACACUACUCUGGAAUUAGUUGGCAGUCGUUCCUUUUAGUGGAAUGUAGGUUAUUGUUGGCAAUUCAGCGUGGUAACAUUUACACAGUAUUUUUUUUUUAUUUGAAGUUAAAAAGCAUACUUUAUUUCAAACAUAAUUAUUUUACGACUGAAAUCCUGCUGUUCUCACCAUUGUGUGAAGCAGGCGUUUUUUACUGAAACAUCCCUGUUUAUUGGAAGCGUCCCAUCCCCCCACCUCCCUCAGGCACUAGGAAUUUCCCCCCCUAAGAUGUGUAGGCUGACCAUAUCAUGUCCCUCGACUGCACAAGUACAGCAGAUUUCAUUUAUGUCGAGGCUUUCAAAAUUCCCUUUCUGGAAGAAAUGAACUUUAAAAAUUGUUUAAUUGUUAACAUAUAGCCAUUGCUGCUUAUUUUUCAGUUUAUACUUAUCUGUAGACAAAAUAGGGAUGCAAACGAGAAAUGUAUCCCUUCAUUCUAGAUUGUACAUUUCAUAAUGACUUUGUGGUGGCAUACAAUGGCGUAUGGCGACUUCAUUAUAAAUCUGUGAUUAAAGCUUGUUGUUGUUGGUAUCUAAAAGUCAAAUAAGUGAAUUUAAAAUGCUUUAUAAAUAUGCUCUAGACCAGGCUUCCCCAAAACUCCGGCCCUCCACAUGUUGCUGAGCUACAACUCCCAUGAUUCUCAGCCUAUCUAUUUCAUUUAUAGAACCAUGGGAGUUGUAGUUCAGCAACAUCUGGAGGGCCGGAGUUUGGGGAAGCCUGUUCUAGACAGACAAUGGACAUCUGACAUUUUGUCACAGGUUUAUUAAUUUUUAUUUCUCUCUUUCUCUCUAAAUCGUAGACAUUCUUCUCCUACCCCUUUUUUUAACCUAUUGGACAGCCUUUGAGUUUAAAAAAAGUUGAUCAAGGGAGAAAUAUACAAUUUUGGGUUGGGUUAUUCAGGGUACGGGUUGUGCUGAUUUGGAACCUUGUUAAAGGGACAUGUUCAGCUGUUUUUUUUCAGUUGCCAUUUUUUGUAGUCCCUUACUUCCCGUAGCAGAAAUAUAACGAUAGUGACAUCUAUGGCGUGAAACGGAAACAGUGAAAAUUCAGAUUUAAAAAAGAUGACAUUCAGGAAGCCGAUUGUUAGCAAACCUAUCUGAUUCAGAACUUCCCAAAAAAGGAAAACUAGUUUAGGCUCAAGACUGCUAAUAUCUCUAAUUUUAUACUUAUUUUGUGAUAUGCCCAAAAUUUAGACAAGGCCUCAAAGUACCGUUAAUGUCCCCAGUACUACUCUUGGGUGAUUGCCCAAAUGCUUUUUUAGCUACUAUCACACACAUCAUCUCUCAUGUUAGUCAAUUUUUGUCAUUCUCGAGAUCUCAUUAUUAUGCAGCUUUGCAAGACUACUUGUAGUUUUUUUAAUUUUUUUUAUUUUCCCCCAGAAUAUCGCUUAGCAAUGUUACAACCCCCGCUAUCAGUGUCCUAGCUCAUCCUAUCUUGCUUACUACUUGAUAUGAGCGCAUAGUUUUCAUGACAUAGAGGUUUCCAUGGCAACUCUGCUUCGUCUUUUUUUUUUUUUAUACCCCCUUCCAGAACCAGACAAUAAUCUAAGGCUUCUCCCCAGAGACUCUGAUAACAAUGUGUCUUUUGUUAAACUGUGGAUAUUUUAUAUUUUGUUAGAAAAAAAAAAAAAAAAAAGUAUUGCGCUUGCUGUGAUAGCUUUCUAUAGAGGAUUUGAUUGUCCUUCAGUGUUUCAAUAUUCACUGUAUACCAUGGUGUCAAGUGAAUGAAAAUUCAUGUGCAUGCAGGCAUAGAUGUUUGGUUCAGAGCUUAAUUGGCCACUCUGAGCUAGAGCUGGCCCAAUCUCCCCCCCACCCUUCCCCCCAAUGUAUUGUAUGUAUAAUGCACAACUAGAGGGUUAGUCCAACCAAAAAAACUGUUUUUUCUAAAACACUGGUUAUUGUUACAGUAACCCUUUCUGAGGCAGCUAAGGGGUUAAUCUCUUUGUAGCGUUCCACAGAGAAUCACUGUACAGACUGCAGACACCAUGACCACUUCAAACCACUGAAGUAAUUAUGUGCAUCUUUGAGUAGCCCUUUAAUAAUAUAUUCUAAAACAAUUAAUAAACAAAGCUCACAUUUGAAUGUACUCAUUGGCUUUAUUAAUUUGUUCUGGUACUGAGUAAGGUGGUUUUUGUGGGGGGGGGGGAGGGUGAGAGGGGGCAGGGUUUGUAUGCAUGCAUGUAUGUAUGUAUGUGUAUGCCUACGGUUUUAUUUAUUUACUUUUAAUUAAAAUGACAGAUUAAAAAGAAUUUGUGAUAAAAUUGGGAUAUAUACUAUUUUAGCCACUGGUAUCAAGAGUCACCAGACAACAGAAGCCUUAGCAGACACAAAAUCACAUUGUUUGAUUUUUAUACAUUCAAAGAUAGAUAGAUCGUAGAGGAUCCUCCUUCAAUGUUUUGGGGGAACUUUCCUCUAGUGUAUAGAACGUUACUGCUAAUCUGCAAGUCCAGUGUUUUCUAGAAAAUAUUAACUUUAAAGGGACACUAUAUACUCACCAGAAUAACUACAGCUUAAUGUAGUUGUUCUGGUGAGUAUAAUCAUUACCUGCAGGCAUUUUCAUGCAAACACUGCCUUUUGAGAAAAAGAAAAGGGCAGUGGCCACCCAUCAGAUGUCCAUUAGAGAUGCUUCCUGGGGCAGUGCUGCACAUAGAUUUAAUUAAUCUAUCAGGAGAAUCUCUAUCAAGCUGGUAUUUGGCCCUGCCCCCAUCCUGACUCCUGCCCAACAUCAGCCAAUCCAAUGCUUUCCCUAAAUGGUGCCAUUAACACUAUAGGGUCAGGAAUACAUGUUUGUGUUCCUGACCCUAUAGUGUCUCUUUAAUAAGAUUGCAGCUCACAGCUGCUGACCGUAUGAGCCAAGUUGGGAAUGUGCAACGGGUCUCAACCUCCCACUGCGAAGGAGUGUUUUCCAAAAUAGCACACGUGCAACUGGUUUUGUUUUCGUAAAUUGUUCUUAGGUGUUAAUGUAAUUAUGUAUUAAAAAACAUAUUUAUUUUUUGUUCUGCGAAUUACCAAGUUGUGCCAUACAGUAGUAAAUUUUUUUUGGGGGGGAGUGGUAUCAGAUGCCUCAUAAUCUUUACACCAAUUCCAUUUGAAUCCUAUUCCUUUUAGACGCUGUAAUAGGUAGUCUCAGCUCUAGUCCUUCUCUGCGCUAUAUGGGGGUCUAAAUAGUAAUCCGUAAAACUUUGAAGUUUUAGGGUCACUUCAGAAAUGUUUUGCUCCCUCCAGUAUGUUAUUCCUGGAUGAUUCAGUGAUUAUUGAGUGAUAUAAAAACAAGUAGUCACCGUUUUACCUAUCUGUCUUUAUAAUCGAUUGGUGUAUAAUCCUAUUUUUUUUAAUUUUUUUUUUUUUAUUCUUCUAGGGCCAGCUCUUGCGUAUCCAGAAGGUUUACCACCAGAACAUGGAGACAGUCAACAAUCUAGUGAGUACAACUUUAAUAAAUAAUGCUGACAGAGUGUAAGGAGAGACUUGUACUGGUGUGUUCUCCAAUACAUAAUAGAUAUAUAUUAAAAAUUAACCUGAAAGGGAUUGGUCGGGAACGCGUAGAAAUGCCAUAUAGCCUCAGACUCCUCUGAUUGCUGUAAUGGGGUACCUAGCGUCAGUAACAUGGCUGCUUCCAACUACCACGCGUGGACAGUGAUUAUGGCGUGUAAGUAUUCUGCUGUGUUUCUGGGGCAUAUGCUGUCCAGAUCUUAAAAUCUCUGGUCAGUGAACCUAACUUGUAAUCAAAAUCUGCUUAGAGGAUCCCUCUAAAAUUUGCUUAGAGGGUUCCUUAAAGUGUGAAAUUAUUUGUACACAAGUGAGUUUUUUGUCUAUUGCCUUCUCCAGCAUGGGCUUUGUGCUAAAAAUUGUCUCAGACAGAGUACAUGUACUGAAGGGGGCCACAUAUCAAAUAGAGUUUAGAAUUCUGGGUAGCAAUGUGUCUUUACCCAGAAUCCUUAGCGGCAGUACAAGCAAAGGUUCUUUGGAAACUGGUCUAGCGACCCAAGGGUUUUGUUGACGAUUCUAUGUAUGGAGUGUCCUAUCACGGACUAAAGAUCUCCAUGGAAACAGUGACAGGUUCCCCUGUAGAUAUACAGGAUAAUAUGGGUACUGCAACGUAAAAAUAAAUGUUAUUUAUAAUUUUUUUUACUUAUUUUUUUAAUGCUUCACAUAUACUUAAUUAGCCUAAUAUUUCCUGUAGAAUUGUUAGCAAUUUAAUCUACUCGCAGAAAUGUUUCUUGGUAAAAAAAAAUAUAAAAAAAAAAAAAAUAAUAAUAAUUUUUUUUUGGUUGCUUGAAGUUCUCUUUUGUCCUUUUAUAACAUUAAAAAGCAAUCUGCCCAUUUUCUGCAUUGAAGACUGGCGUCUGUACUCGAUUGCCGUCUUGUGUGUUUUAGGUUUUUUUUUGUUUGCCCACACACUGUUCCUGGAAUCCAGCUUCCUGCAGGCCAUUUGCUAAUGAUUUCCCACAAUCCUUGUAGGCAUUUCAUGUCUCUCUCUCCCAACCCCCCCACCCCCCAUUCCCAAACCUGCUAUUCCAGUAAUUUGACUCCUUCAUGGUGUGCCUGAAAUCCCUCUGAACAAACAGUUCACAGGAGAUUAUAAUUUACAUGUCCUUUAAGAGCUGAGGAAAAAAAUGCUCAGUAAUGCUUUGCUGCAUUAAUUUAUAUGGCAUUAACCUUUUCUGCAGAAAUUUACAAUUUAUGUAGGUAUAAUCAGUAUUUAAGAUCAGCACGCUAAGCGUUAACAGAAGCAGGAGGCGGAGAGGGCCCUUCCCUUCGAAGCCUUGCAUGGCAUGUUGGAUCAUUUAACCCUUACACUAUCAGAAGGGGAUCAUACCUUUUGGUGGGCUAAGGAGGGAAACCUAGAUUGUAAGCUCAUGGGAGCAGGGCUCCCCUCACCCUCUUGUUUGCGCUCACAUUAAUUUGUGCCAUUUGAUUGCUGUCUUAUACAGAGGUAACCUUUGUUGUUUUAUCUACUGUAGAUGGCAAUGCCUGCCAUGCCUAGUCACACCUCAACUUGAUGUGUUGAGGUUUGUAUUCCCUCCACAAUAUCUAGAGUGCCAAGGAUAGCGUAUAUUUGUGUAUUAAACAUGCAAAUCUUUUCUAAAUAUUGUAGUGCUCACAUGGUACGGAGGGUGGCGUAAACCUUAAAGGGACACUCCAGGCAACAUAACUUUAUCAGAAUUAAGUUGUUAUGGUGUGAGAAGGCACUGGGCGCCGACUUAUAUCUAGGGGUUAAACCGCUAACAAACGGUUUAACCUCCAAAGCUGUCAGGCUGGCACCCAUUUGCCCUGCCCCUACACCUUUGUUUGUUUGAGGAUUUAAACCGGAAGCGUUUGGACGGGGCUUUCAUUCACAAACGUUCCUUGGUCGUUUGAGAAUUGCAGAAUUGCUGUAAAUGAGAUCUCAAGAAUCUCCCCACUCUAUUGUGAAUGUCUGCCGCAUUGUACCUGGGUGGUGGCAACAGAACCAGUGCAGUACGUAAGCCCAUUUGGUUUCUAAAACCUUUGUGGGUUAGUACAUCUACGGCUAUUGGCCAGAUCAGCUGCGAUUCCUUGGACACGCUUACAUUUUUCACAGCUGAUUGUCAGCAAUAGGAAAGAGCUGCUGGGCAGUAUGCGGCACUCGUGUGCUGCAAGAGUUAAAUCAUUAAUUGAAUUGAAAGCAGGUUGUUUUACGUGCCUUCCGAUUAAACAGAUUUUCUUCCAAUAGGCUGCCCAUCAGCUUUAAUAAGUUAUUUGUGCCUUAGAAAACAUGGCAAACCUGUCAACUCCCUUUUCAUUAUUAAAUUAUACUGCCCUCCCAGGAAUCAAAAAUAAGUAAAAGCAUAAUAUAUAUAGUGCAUGCUUGUGUGUAAAAUAAUAGAAUUAUUCCUGGUACAAGAAACACUCCAUCUUCCCCCACACACACUGUACAAUUUACUAGCCACUGGAAUCCAAGAGAGUCCGUGGCACACACCAGGAAUACAUUUCUGUGUGCCAGAACAAAAUCAUGACUCUCCAAUGGCUAGUAGCUAGUUGGAAUCUUGAUCCGUGUGUGUAUAGAUAUACAAUGUAUAGAAACGCAUAGACAUGAUAUAGAGGGCUAGUGCUCAUGUAAAAGAGAUUGUUUCCUGUUCACAGCUCAAAUCCUUGGCAUUUUGCUAAUCACGCCUCUGCUUUUUAUUGAGGUUCAAGUGAAUUGCUGCUCCCAGAUUGUCUGUGGGAUAAGUACUCUGUCUCCUGUGCAUAGUGAAAACACAGCUGGGGUGAAAUGCGCAAUUGUAGAGCAGGGUGUGGCCCUACAUAUACCCUAAUUCAUUAUCAUAAAAUGCAAUAAGCAGGUCUCUGACGCUCCCGUACAACCUAGACUGUGCCUUUUUAAACAUGUGAGGGGGAGGGUAGCAGAGAGAGCUACGUGCAAUUGUCGUCUCCUGGAGAGUGCAACUGAUACAGCCAUAACCACACAAAGAAGAGUGGUUGAGCACCUCCCCUGUUUAUCUAAUAAAUUGUCUCUGUACCAUUAAAAUGCUCUAUUUACAUUUAUGCCUUAAUAGUCAUGUAUUUUUUUUCCGUGUUUUUUUUUUUUUAUUAUAUAUAAUUUCGCCCUACUUUGUUAAGCAACAGUACUUAAUUUUUUAGUGGGGUUGAUGUGGGCCAUUUAUUUAAUUGCAUGUUAGGAUAGAGCACUUCUGUUGUCAGUACCAACCGAACCCUUUCAACGAGGGCACGUGCCAUUAUAGUGAACGUCAAACGUUAACUUGGUUUUCUAACUACCUCCUGGCAUUUUCUCAAAUUCCAUUUAUUUUUUGUCCUUUGUCCCACUUAAAACAAUUGUAUUUCACUCUGUCAACAAAAUGCCAGGUUGUUGACCCAAGGGGAGCUGGCACCCACGACCUUGAUCCUCCAAACAUGUAGAGAUUAUUGAAAUCCUGGCGUGUUGAAUUUCUGGACAGGCCUGCUGUUUAUGGCGUAACUAGGAGAUUAUGUAAAGAGCUGGAGUGAAAUCAAAACACAAUAUUUCCUCUUUGUUCAUAUUCUUACUUUUCUUUCUGAUAGCUUCCUUUCCUCUGCAGGCCUAGCGAUAUCCACAUCCUCUAUAUUGAUAUAUGUAAUUUAUCCAUCAGCUCCCAGUUCGGCUGAACGCCCCGGGCAGAAACGAAGAUUCCCUAGUCCUCAGCAUUCGUCCAAUGGACACUCCCCUCAAGAUUCAUCAACGAGCCCAAGUAAAAAGAAAAAGAAACCGGGGCAGUUAAACAGCAGUAAUAAAGACCAGGUAAAUGUGAUUUGUAAUUGUAUAAAUUCAUCCUUUUUGACUUCCUCUUCCUCAGUAUCCUGCACAAUUCACUGACAGCAUUAUGCAUUUUUAAAUAUUUAAUGGGUUAAUGGGACAUUGUAGAAACUAUAAUGCCUUCAUCGUUUUGAAGUGAUUAUAGUGUCUGGAGUCCUCUGGCACUGUUUUAUUAUUCAACCUUAAACCAUUUUUAAUGUGUUAAUACUAAAUGAGAGUCCUCAGCAGUCCAUCCCCUCUGUGCUGCUUGGCCCAACAAGGAAGCAUUUGCCUGAGCAGCAAUGAUUGGAUAAGUAUGUAAGCUGACCUCUUCUAACCUAUCCCAUUAUUGGUAUGGCUAAAAGGAAGUGUAUAAUCUCUGCCUUAGCCACACCUCCAGUAGGGGCCAGAUAUGGUCGGCCAGAAACCAUAAUUUAGUUUUAAACUACUCGAAAAACACUACAUGCAGAGGCAGCUUUAGGGGUCACCAGACACUAUAACCAAUUCAGAGCCAUGAAAUGGUUAUUGGUUAUAGUGCCAACAGUGUCUGUAAAAAUCACAUUAAAUAUAAUGAUGUUUUAUAUAUAAUUUGCUAAUGCUGUUUCAAGACUAAAUAUAACACUUUUUAAAAAACAAAAAUGUUUUAAAUAAAGAUAAUGUAUGGUUUAUGGCUUAGCACCGGAGUAGAUUUCUUUCUAUAUUUACACAUCCCUUCUUUCUUAAACACCAACAGACCGGUCUCCAAAAAUCACCCAUGACUUGUGUUAGCCUUCUUUCCAUGUGAUGCACCAUUUUCCUUUAAAUUAAUAUUAAAGAUUUAGCAAGUCACAUUACAAUCCAGUUCUGUCCAGGCACAGCCCUGGCACACAAUGCAAAUGAGGAGGAGAAAUCGAAGCAUUGUUUAAUUUCUCCUCUGCUCUUCAUGCUUUCACCAUAAUGACUGCCAGGUGCAAUAAUUGAGUUUACAAUAGUAAUUGACAGGCGUCCAAGAUGGAAGCGCCCAGUUGCAGGAUAAACAGUGUUGCAUUUAUACGUUUACUUUUAUUGUUCACUCUUCACAAAUAGAUAUUUGUUAAAUGUAGGGGGUUAGUAAACAUAAUAUUAAAAAUCCUGCCAGCCUUAUUUAAACGUUAACGGAUCAUGGAAAAAGGCAAAAUGCAUAUGCUGAAGUUUUAUACUAAUGCAUCUCUAUGGAGAGCAUUCGGGAUCGUCAUGCAGACCAUGGAAACACCGAACAUCAGUCCUGCAAAGAUUGCUGGAAUGUAACAGGAAGUACUUCUAGUGCUUGCCUGAUUGACAGCCUAUAGAGGACUACAUAGGGACAAAUGAAAACACUGCCUUCUCAUGGACAAGACAAUGUUUACAAAUGAGAGACUGCACUGACCGUUUGUGCCUAAAACCCCUACAUUAAGCUGCAGUGCUUCUGGUGUUUAGAGUGUCCAUUUAAAUGCUUGUCACAGUUUAGUUAUGUGUUCCUGCAUAAGCAGCCAUACUGACUAUUUAACAUAGGUUUUUCAUAAUUAAUCCUCCCUGUUAAAGGGACACUCUCUCAGUAAAAUUGCCUGGGUGUAGUGCCCAUGCUGUUUUAGCCCCGCAAUGUAAAACAGGGUUAAAUACACCUCUAGUGGUUGUUUACCUAACAGUCACUAGAGGUGCUUCCCUUUGAGAACCAAGUCACUCUUAAUCCCAUUCUGCUCAUCGAAAGCAUUUGGUUGGCGAAGCGCAGAGAUUUGCCACACAUGCGCACUAGCCUCUCAAUUCUUUUGUACAGGGAAGCAAUUGAUUUGUAGAGAUCAUCAGCACUGACUUAAUGUAAGUAAAUCUUUUCUUUUAACCCUUGUGGGGGGAAGCAAUAAUCCAAAUAGUAAGGAGAACAUUAUAGCAUUAGGAAUACAGGCUUGAAUUCCUAAUGCCAUAGUGUUCCUUUACGUUAACCCUCCCCUUUGUUGGCAGCUAAUUGGUUGUGGAUGGAAGAGAGGAGAAGGGAACGUAGUUCAGGAUGGUGAUGUACUUUGUUGUGCAAGAAAUGUAAAUGCUUUGUGAAGAACUCCACUUAAAGACAGAAAAAAAGAACAAAUUAUUUGGCAGUUCACGUCCGUUUUAACUGCAUUCUUUGGAAGGUCAAAAAGAUAGCACUUCUUUCAUCUUCCAAAUAAAUAAGAAAUAGGUAUGUGAUUUAAAAGAAAAGGUUUUGAUUUAAAUCUUUUCCAGGCAGGAUGUCAUAAUGUGUCUCUGGUAAAAGCUGCAUUUUCUAUGUCUUCAAACUUCAAAUGAUGUUUCUUCAGUGACUGAUACAAAUGUAUCAGUUCAGCCAGAAUUGCUUUAUUGCUAAAGUUCAUCUUGUAUAUGCAAUAUCUCUGUAUAUACAGGGAACUAAAAAACAUUCACACGUAAAUUUCACCAGCACCCCCACCCACCCCCCAAAUAGUGUGAUGGUUAUGUAGUUUUGUCGUCUGUAAAAUAGGUGGAUGACAAGGUUGGCUCCAGGUAAGUUUAAAACCGUUAAAAUGUAUAGAUUUAGACAUAUACUUACCCUAAUACCAGUUCUGAAGGCUCCAGUUGACUGUAUGUGUCAGCCCCUUCCCCUCCACCCCCCACCCCGCCCCCCCCCAAAAAAAAAUAAUCUAUAUGAUGUACUAAAAUAUAGUAUUGUGUGUGUGUGUAUAUAUAAUUCUGAAAUGUAAAUCUGUUGUAUGGUAUUUGUACAAGUUCUGGCCAAACUGUUACACUGGUUUUCCAUUCUUAUCAUCCUACACACCAUGGAAUUCAAACAAAAGCAGAUCACAAAUAUUAAUAAUAUAGAAUCAUUUUAGGUUACUGUUGCCUCUUAAAGAGGAAGCAAAAAAUAAACAAAAACUGGCUGAUCGGUAUUGUUCUCAUACAAGUGCCACGAUUCUAGCCCCCUCCAUCUUAUUCUCAGUCAUAAAAUGAUUACAAAGAAACUAAACCGGAAUGCAUUAACUGACUCUAGUGUGUAUUAGUACCUCCUAGUUUAUUCUGGAGAGUGGAUAUGGGUGCACCAUUAAAGUUUUGGGGUUAUAACACCUCUUAAUAUAUGUGUUUUAUGUCUGGAUCUUAGUCUGCAAUCCAGAAUAAAUACGGUGUCACUAGGGCAUGGUACCUCCUUUAAUAAUUAGGGCUUAGAUGAAGGUCAGAUUAAUUCAGGAAUACAGAUAAUACUAAGGGGUUUCCACGUUGUCUCUUACCACGGCACCUGUCGGCACUUUUAGGAUGCAAUAUGUCGAAUAUACGUGCAUAGCCUACUAUGGGAAUGUCUACAAGAUGGACAUUGAACUACAAAAACUUCUGGUGUGAUUAAAAAUGCAAGUGGAAAGCUUAGGUAAAGUCUGUUCAUGCGUGCGGCAUGCAGCAAUCCAUUAUUCCAAAGGGGCCCGAUGAGAACAAGUUGUUAAUUUUUCUAAUUGUGGACACCAGAAAAUGAAAGCCAGCCUCUAUGUGAAAAAAACAAAGGAAACAUAGCCCUUGUUACAACGGUAAACCUGUAAUCCCAUCAGAAAAAUGUAAACCCUUCUAAACCCGGCCAGACUUUCUGUGGCUGUCCAAUCACAGAUUUCUCAAUGCAGCUCAAUGAUAAGUCUUUGCAAGACAGCUGCUCUGGGCAAUUGCUGUCUCUUGAGCUUAGCUCAACUGAGCAAAACAGACCAGGAAGUGACAGAACCGGUUGUCUGAUUGACAGCGAUGGGGAAGUAUCCAGGUUAAAAGUGCCAAUUUCUAUUAAAAUCUGCAGUGUUUGUAAAAUUUAAAAAAGAGGACCCUGUCUUCCAACAAGUAAAGCAAUUCAGCAAACUGAAGUGCUUUAGAAGUCUAGAGUGUCCCUUUAAGAGGGUAGUAAAACCCAUUGGGCAUAGCAGAGCACUCUUUAAAGCACCAUUUUUUAACUUGCAAGUUAUAUUCAGUAGUGUCUUGCUUUUCUGGGUGAUGUAGGCCUUAAAAUUGAAAACUGGAGUCUUUUAUACCCAUAGCAGUGUGUCGAUUAAUCAGCCUGCACAUGAGCAGAAUUCGUUUUUCUUUUAAUGCCUAAAAUGGAACGUUGAGAUUUCUGGGGACACUCUCAUUGGUUGAAAACUUUCUCACUGGUUGUUGUGCUUGCAUUAUUUUCAGCUUCAUUCUUUUAAUUUAUGCAAAGAUGUUUCUGUAGUCCCAGCCAUGCAUUGCACAUAAAGUAUGCUUACUGUAUGUUUGGCUUUGCAUAUUGCACAUUUAUCUUCUUGCUUUUUUUGUUAUUUACAUAAUUAUGUAUUAUUAUUUUUUUAACCGAAAUUUGUUUUUCUUACCUACGUUGCAGUCAGAACUAAGGCAUGGUCCGUUUUACUAUAUGAAGCAGCCACUCACCACAGAUCCUGUUGAUGUUGUACCCCAGGAUGGCCGAAAUGAUUUCUAUUGCUGGGUUUGCCAUCGUGAAGGCCAAGUUCUGUGCUGUGAGCUCUGCCCAAGAGUUUAUCACGCUAAGUGUCUGAAAUUGACAGCUGAACCAGAGGGUGAUUGGUUUUGCCCUGAGUGUGAGGUAAGACUCAUCACCAUAACUACUACAGCCUUAUGCCAGGUGUACUCUGGCCUUGUUUCCUAGUAGUGGGGCAAACUAUAUCGGAAGAGUCCUAUCAACCCUUGCCUGGUCUCCUUUAUGGCUGGCUGUGAAGUGCUUUUGGCUUCUUCAGAGCUGCAAAGCCACUUACCGAUACUGCCAGUCAUUCAUUGGCUAAGAGCAUUAGCUGACCACAGUCAGCUAAUAAUUGCAAUAGAAAUAUGCGCAGAACUUACAUUAGUCAGCCCGGAAUCCCAGUGAUACUGCCUGAGGUAGUAUUACACCUCAGGUAGGAGAGGGGUCAAUGUCCUUAGUGGCAGUGUAGUGCCAUAGUGAAAUGCUGCACAUACAGUCUCCAGGCACCAUGACCACUUAAAAUUGCUCAACUGGUCAUAAUGCUUGGAGUAAUCCUGUAAAGAUAAGAUGAAGGACUGUUGCCUCAUACUUUUUUUUUUUAAUUAAUUAAUUUAAAAAAAAAAAAAAAUUUUUAAAUGCUGAGUAAGCAGAUGGAAGUAGUGUUCUUAUUAGAACAUCAACUGAUUAUUAAAAUUAUUAUUAUUGCUAUUUAUAUAGUGCCAGCUUAUUUCACAGUGCUUUACAAUAUUGUGAACGGGGGGAGAUUUAUCAAUAAAUGAGACAUUUACAAAAUGUUACAGAUACAAUAGGUAGAUGAGGACCCUGCUCAAAUCAGCUUACAGUCUAGAGGAGGUGGGGUACAAAUACACAACAGGGCAACAAUGGGGGCAGCAACCUAACAAGGUUGGAAUAUAGCAGAACUGGAGGUGAGAGUGGUGUGUGGCCCUUUAGGAGAGAGCAAGUGACAAAUAUGUAACCUAGAAGUUACUCUUAAAGGCCAUAAGUUUUUCUGAAUAGAUGGGUUUUGAGGGACUUCUUAAACGAUUGACGACUUGGGGAGAGUCUGAUGGGGGGUAGGCAGGCUGUUUCAAAGGAAAGGAGCCACUCGUGCGGAAUUCAGCAAGCGCAAGUUAGCAAUAAGGGUGCGAGCAGCGAACGUUUUAGUUUUUAAAUAUUGUUCACAGGUCACCUCUAUAUACAUAUAAAUGGACAUUGUGUGUGUGUUGGUUUUUUUUUUUUUUUUUUACCAGAUUGUACAACUGUGAAUUUAAUUUGUACAGAAAGUUAUUUUUAAUUUUAACACGUUUUAUAGAUUUUAGACAUAUUCUUAAAUCAUCUAUUUUGUACCAAAACAACAAGCAAUGUUCACAAGACACAGAUUGUAAUUUGUUAAUUCUUUGUAACCUUUAUUUCCCCCUCCACCCGUAUGGCUCAUUCUUGUGCAGCAUACACAUUUUUUUAUUUUUUUUAUUUAAAUAGUUCAGAUAAGUUUUUAAAUCUGGUUAACACUAAUAUGUGCAAUGCUGUCUGUCCCGAUCCUAGAUUGAACUCAGUGGAGUUGUAUUUAUUAAUGAAAAAUAUACACACGCAACUGAUAUAUACACCUGGAAAACUGUAAGCAAGAGACCACUGAAGAAAAAGAAAAAAAACUAAAUACAGUGACAAAAUAUUUUAACGUGCGCCAAAAUGGCAACUCAUUAAAUUAUGGGAAAUAAUUGCUGUGAUGUUAAGUGGCCUGCUUAUUGCAACAAAGUCUGUGUGAAUGUUCUAAAAUUAAAACGUGAAAAAAUGGAAUGUAGAAAUAAGAGAGCAUUGUGUUCUACAACACCUGCACUUUAUCUCUUACAAAUAUUCACCCCAUUUGUAUGUUUUCUUACGUUGCAGUAUUCCGAAUUUAUUUUAUUGGUAUAUCUUUAACCAAAACCAUUGCCCUCAAUAAAUUGUGCAGUAUUACUAGUAGUAUAGUAAACUUUAAGAAUAGGGCCUACCUAAUUUUACAGUUGAAUAAUGGUUGCCCCAAAUAAAUAAUAUGGUCCAUGUUAAAUGGUUAAGAAACCCUUGUGUAAUUAAUUUGUGUUAAUUACAUACUAGUUUUCAUCUUUUAUCUUGGAAGGAAGUGAGAUUAUCGGUUUUAGCAUCCUCCUCACAUACAGAUUUCAGUUAGUUAAAGCUCCAGAACUUUUUCUUGCUGUUUUUAGUUCAAACCCCGGCUGACCAUUUGCUAAUUUAUUUAUUUUUUCAUUUUCCCCUUCCUGUAGAAAAUCACUGUUGCUGAAUGCAUAGAGACUCAGAGCAAGGCAAUGACUAUGUUAACUAUUGAACAGCUGUCUUACCUGCUAAAAUUUGCACUACAGAAGAUGAAACAACCUGGGGUAGGUCUUCAUAAUUUUAAUUUCAUCUAUGUUUUGUACCUUUAUAUCGAAGUGAACAUCUUAUAGCUACAUUAAAGAACUGUCUCCAACCAUAUCUAAUGGCGACAUUUUGCUACGCUUAUUAGAUUAAUUCUUCUGAUAUUUUUCUGGUAUCCCCAAAAUGGGACCUCGGAGAACAAACAAGCAGGACCUUGCCAAUAAAUCCAAGACUGUUGGAAGAUAUGGAACUCUAUUUUUGCAGUACUCCUGGUUUUAACUGUAUUUUAUGCCUGCCAGAUGGCUAGCAAAUCGUCAAUCAGAGAGCCAGGAAUUACACCUCUUGGCUUCCAACACGCAUAGUGUGUUGACAUGGAGGGGCUUGUGGACGAUGAAUCCUGGGAGAGCACAAUUGCCAGUGGAAAGACUGUCCUUGUCUCUGUGAUGAUGGGUCCAUGAGUAGCUGUGUCCACCCAACAUCAAUAACCACAGAAAUGAGCACAUGUAGGCAAUGACUCUUGGUAGCAGGAAGUAGAGACCUGUCUCUCUGACUGACUGGACUUGUAGACUGAGCUAAGAAACAGGGAAAAAAACAAAAUGUUAAAAACUCUGCAAACAGUGUAGAAUGUACGUGAAUAAUAAAAGUAUCCAUGUAGAAUUUAAAAAUCUGUAUACAUGCCAUCAAUAAUCAAGGUAUACAGUUACUGCAUUUUUUUUUUUUUUUUUAAUAUAGAGACGUACUGCUCAAUCAUUUAUCAUAAUGAAGGCUUCAGGCAAUCAAGCAUUUUAAUGCCAUUAAUUGCGUGAUCAUUCCUAAGAUAUCCCUGAUCACUCUCAGAUCCUAUCAACUUUGGGUUAGGAUAAAAAUGUUAAGUUUAUAAAAAUAAAAUUUCGUAAUCCUAUUCUUAUUUCACAGACAGAGCCAUUCCAAAAGCCUGUGUCUUUGGAACAACACCCUGAUUAUGCAGAGUAUAUCUUCAAUCCUAUGGAUCUUUCUACAUUGGAAAAGGUUGGUAUGUCCAGUGUGUUGUGUUACUAAUUAAUUUUUUUCUCUAUUACACUUGUAUUUUAAUUUUUCAUUUAUUAUAUAUCCUGUAUAUGAAAGAAUAACAUUGUAGACUGCCAAUUAAACCUUUCGUAAUGUUACGCGAUGGCUUAUUUACAGUAUUUUUUACUAAAGCGCAGCUGACUUUGUCUAUUUUGACCUUAAAUUAAAUUCAUUUUGAAUUUGCAUUUUAGUGAGAAAUCUGCAAGUAUAGAUCACACGAUUUUACACAAUUUCUAAAUUAGAUUUUUGUUAUGGUCACAUGGAUGUUAUUGUAGGAAAUAUUAAUUUUAUCUUGUUUUAUUUGUUUAAAAUGUCUGCAGAAUGUAAAAAAGAAAAUGUACGGCUGUACUGAAGCCUUCCUGGCUGAUGCCAAAUGGAUUUUACAUAAUUGCAUUAUAUACAAUGGUGGUAAGUAGAAUGUACCAUUAUUGUGUGCUUUUAAAGAGCUACCAUAUUUGAUGAACGUAGAUUUUAGUAUUUGUCCAUCUGGACUGAGCAUCUUUUAUCUGUUUUAUAUUUUUAGGAAAUCACAAACUCACACAAAUGGCGAAAAUCAUAAUCAAGAUUUGUGAACACGAGGUAAGGCACGUUUGGAGAGUUUAAAAUUCCCAUUAAUGUCAUUAUCACAAUGUGGUGAAGAUCCAUUUUUCCAAGCCCCUGUUCCCCCUUUCUGUAAGAUAGCAAUUGCGUGCUUGUGUUAGCAAACAGUCUGGUUAAGCCAGGCAGCUGGGUUCGCUAUGAUGGUUAAAAGUAACCCUACAAGUUAUAUGUAACAGUGUCCGAUUGUUACUUUCAUUUUGGCAAAAUACCCACUGUUAUUGUGUUGGCGCAGGACUCCAGCCUCAUCUUAUCCACCCCCUGAAAAAAUAAAUAGUGUAGGGCAAAUAUAGUGGGAAUGUUGCAGUCCAGGGCAUAACCAGGUGUGUGAAAUUAAUUUAUGUCUCAGCCACUGCCAAUAUCUUUUUAUCCAUUCUUCCAGUGCUGAUCGGCAAACUUUGUUGGUACUAUGGAUGUACCUGGGGUACGAGGUGAUGUUUGAGUGCCAAGCUAUCUUCUCCUUUGUGCUAUGUAUUCUAGACAAAGCUACAGUGCAGGGCUCACAACUUCCACUAGCCAUUGGCAAGUUAAAAUGUAGCCUUGCCUACCACAUGCAAGAGGCAGGCAGACAACGAUAAGGGUUCACAAGACACAGACCGUUAAAUACAGUUAUCACUGCCUGCAGACCUCAGAAGGGAGAUCACACCACCUCUCCCCCCACCCCUCACAGUAAACGACACCUACCCUUAGCACAUAAGACACCAACAAAGACUCCCAUUAAGACUACUAGAACCAAACAGGCUAACACACUGGGAUCUAUAGAGCUAUGCCUGUCUUAUUGUUUAUGCGAAAGGACCUGCGAGUCCACCGAAAAAGAACCACAAAAGCUCAAAAGUGACUUGUAUGCCACUAUAGUUUACACGGUAACACCGUAUAUCCCCCAAAAAAAACAAAAAACAGAAAUUGUAAAUGUUUGGACCUGCGUGUCCACACUGUUGGCUCACCUCAUGAAAAUCUUGAAAAACUCAAAUAAAAUAUAUAUAUUUUUAACAAAUUUUUUUUUAUUCCUGCCAAGUAGAAAUUGACCCCUGGUGGGUAUACUACGGCUUGCAGUGGCAAGAAGCUUUUUAAGGCCUGGCUAGUAGCAUAGGACUACAAAUUGUAAGUGAAAUCUAAACAUACAAAAUUAAGCCCUGCGCUCAAACUCCCACUACUCUUGGGCUGCAGCAAUGACUGUAGUACUAUACAAUAGCACUGGUUGGCAGCAGUGACUAUAAUACACAUCAGCCCCAAUACAUAAAACAGGCGGCAAAAUAUGAUGCCAUUGCCUGCGACCACUGCUUAAUCGGUUUUAUAAUCCCAGUCAAAUUGACACCCCCCAAAACCUCUAUGUUGAUGUCAUUAGUUGUAUUUUAUUUUUUUAACAAACAGAUCAUGCAACUGCCCACAUGUGCACAUAGGAACUAUUACAAACCAUCAGCCAUGAGUGCUCUAAAACUUCCUUUUUCUGAUGUGGCUACUUGCAGACACAAAGCUUAGCAGUUUGUUUCUCUGCAAGCUACAAUCGACUGCGUUGUGUGAUUCUUUGUGCGCGUCAUACCUGGGUCAUAUUUUGGAAAUUAAUUGACGAUACAACAGGCUGGGGUAAAAACCAAGUUGUAAGGUUUAGACAUAAAUAGCCAGCUCACCACAAUUCUCUGAUAAGUAAAUAAAAAAUAAAUAAAUACGUGAAGAGUUGUUGCUACCGUUGUAUUAAGCUCAACUCAGAAAGCUGUUCUGUCUCUCCUGUUUGGGAAUGGGGAAUAGAACGUUGGAGCUCCUGCUUGCCACCUGCUGUUCUGAUACAGGAAUUGUUUUUACUCUUUACUGAUAAUCUACAGUUAGAUGAUUUGGCAUUUUUUUUUGUGCUAAAUUAUAAUUUUCAUAGGUCAUAAUUUAUUAUUAUAUCUUCAAAUUUGAUACGGCUGAUAACAUUUUCUGCCUCGAUUUUACCCUAAGCUAUAGACCUUAAAAUUAACUGUGUAUAUAGUAUUCAUGAUUGCUAAAUCUUUAGAUUCUUUAUAAAACAUUAAAAAAAAAAUUAAAAAAAAAAGCCAAAGUUCACAUUUAAGUGGAAAACAAAGAUAAGCUAAUAUGUGACUUUCGGAGUUUUAUUCAUUGGUGCUAUUUCUAGUGACCAUUUUAAUUUAACUUUUUUAGAAAACAAAAUAAAACUACACAAAAACUACUACUACUGAUAUGUUUACCUAAUAAUAACAAUAAUCAUAAUUUAGACAUAUUUGACUUGCAUGCUUUCGGAUUUCUCCCAACAUUUCUCUUGUAGUAUUGUUUUUUUACUAUUUUUGACUCUUUUGUUCCUCUCUCAUAUCUCCUUUUAUCUCCUGGGAUCUUUUUUCAUAUUGGUGACUCCCCACAUCUGCUCCUCAAAUCUUCAGUUUGAUAUUUCCAACCUCCUCGGGGAAUCACAUUUCGAUUUCAGGCAUUGACCCCCAUAGAACCCCUUUACGAUUCCCAUCAACAGGCACCCGAUACUCUGUUUGAGAUACAGCCCAACAAAACAGCACAAUAAAUACGUAAUCACACACGGAUUGAGAAACAUAGAAUGUUACAGUAGAUAAGAGCCAUUUGGCCUUUCUAGACUGCCUAAUUUUCUUACUUACUUGCAUUAGUCUCUUAUAUCUAGGACAGGACCACCAAUGGUCUACUUGUGUUUUCAAAAGAUGUUCCACAAAGCCUCUCUUUCACUGAGACUAUUGUAAUUCUAUUAUUUUAUAACAUUCCAUAGGUAAGUGAGAGUUUUGGUAUUUGAAACAUUCAGAUAAUAAAUUAUUAUUUCAGGUAGGAAUGUUUGGAUAAUCUGUUAUGCUUUCUCUUGUUAUGAUUAAUUAUUAUUAUUUUUAAUUUUUUUUAUAGAUGAAUGAAAUCGAAGUAUGUCCUGAAUGUUAUUUAGCUUCUUGCCAAAAAAGAGAGAACUGGUUUUGUGAGCCUUGUGUAAGUAGAAAAUUACAAAUCCAAAUCCAAAUCCAAAAUGAGUUUUUUUUAGCCCAAAAUCCUAGUGACUUUUAACCAAUAUGAACUGGUAAAUGAGAUGAUUACAUUAUAUUUCAAUAAGGACCAACUAUAGCCAUGUCUUAAAUCAUUAAGGGUUAGCAAAGUAAAACCCAAAAAAUCAUAUCUACCAGAAAUACAACAUUUUGUUCCGAACCAAAUACACCAAUAAGUACUUGACUUUAAAUGCAUUCUAAUUUGGCAUUACUCUAAUAAUUUACUUAAAGGACCACUCUAGGCACCCAGACCACUUCAGCUUAAUGAAGUGGUCUGGGUGCCAGGUCCCUCUAGGAUUAACCCUUUUUUUUUUUUUCUAAACAUAGCAGUUUCAGAGAAACUGCUAUGUUUAUAAAUGGGUUAAUCCAGACUCUAAAGCCUCUAGUGGCUGUCUCAUUGACAGCCGCUAGAGGCGUUUGCGUGCUUCUCACUGUGAAAAUCACAGUGAGAAGACGCCAGCGUCCAUAGGAAAUCAUUGUAAAUGCUUUCCUAUGAGACUGGCUGAAUGCGCGCGCAGCUCCUGCCGCGCAUGCGCAUUCAGCCGAAGAGGAGGAUCGGGGGCGGAGAGGAGGAGGAGAUCUCCCCGCCCGGCACUGGAAAAAAGGUAAGAUUUAACCCUUUCCUCUCCCCAGAGGCAUCCUCAGGGGACUAUAGUGCCAGGAAAAUGAGUAUGUCCUUUAACAUUCCUUUAACGGAAUUGGAAGUCAAAUUCGCUACAAGUACAUGCUCGCCCCUACAUAUGCAAAUAAUUAAACACAUGUUCAUUUUACUGUACACCUUGAUGCACACACUCCUUAAAGCCUUAAUCUAGGCACAAUAUCCAGCUCAGUUUAGUGGUUAUGGUGCAAUACACUUUGAAUACUCUCACAUGGGUUUUGCGUUGGCCUCUUUUGAGUUGUUGGCCAGCCUUGUCAUCCAAUCACUGCUGUCCUUAUUGGAUAGCAUAGAUAUUGAUAAUGAAUAUGUGUAUAUUCUACAUUAGCAGUGUAUCUGGAAAGGGGGUAGGCUUUUGACUAUACACCUGUCAAAUUAAGGUCAAAAUAACCAUGUUGAGGUUUAUAAGUCUACAAUCAAGCCACCAACCUCACUCAUUUUAAAAUAAAUUCCUAAAAAUGUAUGUUUAGGUUUUGAACUGUGAUCUCUUAUCUUUUUUUUCUCCUUAGAGCAAUCCACACCCUUUGGUCUGGGCAAAAUUAAAAGGAUUUCCAUUCUGGCCCGCAAAAGCCUUAAGAGAUAAAGAUGGACAGGUUGAUGCACGCUUCUUUGGACAGCAUGAUAGGUAGGAAUAUUUCCAAUGCCUGUCUUUCCUUUACAAAAAUACAUAUAUAAUAUUGUCUGGCUGGUUAAUGUUAAGCACGUUAAGAAAUGGCACCUGCAGCUUUUAAAUAUUUUUAAGAAAUAUGCAUUUAUUGUUGUAAUAUAAGAAAUUUAAAAUAAAUUCUGUAUAAACUAUUUACACAUUUCCAUUGCACCAAUAUCAGCCGAGGGAGCUAAUUAUCCUUCGCACACGUUUUCAUGAGCACUUCCUGUGUAUAGGAUGUGGUUGUAGACCAGCGCAGGAAGUGAGAGGUGCCAGUGAGAAUUUCUUCCCCCUGACGUGUGAAAACCAACCUUUAGAUACAAAUUUACUAAUAUUUUACAAAGGUCUUUACAUGUCUGUUAAUGUUUGUUAGAAAAUGCUUUUGAACAUAUAUGUAUUUUUUUUUUUUCAUCUAGCUUUCAUUUCCUUUGUGGUCAAACAAAUCUUACACAUUUACCUCCGAGUGAUUCAAUACUAAAACCAAUGUAAAAUAUAAAAUUCACACUGUAAAAGUUGUUACGUAUAUAUAAAACGUGCUACAAUGUUUUACAUUGCUUUGAGAGGAUAGGUGAGCCUAGAAUCUUCUAUCUUUAAAUCUCCCACCCUAUAUUUCUUCUCAAUCAAGGCUUGAUAAUUUUGGCAGGAAUAUAUAUCAUCUGUUUGUUUGGACAGGCCUCCGAGAUAGAAAUCACUACUUCUCAAGGACUUCCCUGAAAGCUUUAAUGACUACUGGGUAGGUGGUAAUUCGGACAAAUACCUAGAGAAUUAAUUCAAGAUCUCAGAUUAAUGGAACCCACUUAAUGCAAAAUAAAAUUUAGACUUUUGCUUUAUGCACAACAAAAGUCAUGUUACAAUGAAAUCUGAUAGAUAACUAUUCCCGUCUUUUAUCCUAAAUUACAUUUUUAUUUUUUUUGUAGGCAUAUGUUUUUCAUACUUAUUUUGACAACUGCUUUCUGCUCUUGAGUCUUUUUCCUCGUAAAGAUUUGAAUGGUCUUUUGAAAGAAGAUGAGUCACAUUUUAUACCUCAUCUCCAUUAAUUUACGCUUAGAAUCCUUUUGUGGUUUACUUUGUGUUUUUUUGGGGGGUCCUUUUGUAGUCGGGAAGAUUUUAUCAAGGCAAAAUAUUAGGAUAACAUAGAUAACCGGAAGAACCGCAAGCUUGUUGUAACAUGGGUAUUCAAGAAAACUUGUUUGAGCGUAAUUUGAAAAGCUAUCAUAUAAUAAGUGUAAACAUAGUGUCAAUACUCCACAUGUUAAGGAGACAGGUAUAUUAAUAUGGAUCAUGGUGUUCCAUCACUGAUCCAGUAUAGCGAAUACGAGCAGGCUUAGCAAAGGUGAGCUAUGUUGGGUUCACGUUUAUUAGGUGCCUACCUAUGGGGCUCUCAGAACAAUGAUCUAGUGCAGGGGCUCCCAACCCAGUCCUCAAGUACCCCCUACCAGUCUCGGGUUUAAUGAUUACCCUGUUGUGUCUAAAGUGUUUUGUUUUUUUCUUUUUCUAAAAACACCUUACACACAAAUGGGUAACCUUUAAAUCAUGGACUGUUAGAGGGUACUUGAGGACUUGGGUUGGGAACCACUGAUCUAGUGGAUUGUGGAAACUUGGCCUAGAGGGCCUGUCUGUUUCAAGGAAUAGCUGAGAGAUGGUGCAGAAUUGUCUUGGAGGAAGGUCCGUUAGAUAACGAGAAAUAGGAGGCUAUAGGGGAUAUUAAGAUCAGUGUAAGGUGUUAAUGAAACUAGAAGGAAGGGGGCAGAGUAAAAAGGUAGAAAAAUAAGUUAUAUUAUACUUUAAAUUAUGGAUGAAUGCUCCCAAUAAGGUAAUGUAAUGUUUAGGAAGGUAUCAUCAACAUUAAAACCCAAAUCUUUCAGGCUUAACUGUUUUCAUAAUUAAAACUAAAUGUAAACUUGGCAUUGAAUAAUUAACAAGACUUAGAAAUACCUCUUGCUCGGCACACGAAGGAUCGUAGUAACUUUCUUUUACGUCUUUUGCAGGGCCUGGGUUCCAAUGAAUAAUUGCUACCUCAUGUCCAAAGAAAUCCCCUUUUCUGUGAAAAAGACUAAAAGUAUCUUCAACAGUGCAAUGCAAGAGAUGGAGGUAUAUGUGGAGAACAUUCGCAAAAGGUUUGGGGUGUUCAACUACGCACCUUUUCGAACACCUUAUACACCAAACAACCAGUACCAAAUGUUACUAGACACCGGGAAUCCCAGUGCCGGGACAGCCAAGACUGAUAAACAGGAGAAAAUCAAACUAAACUUUGACAUGACUGCCUCCCCGAAGAUAUUGAUGAGUAAGCCUAUGUUAAACAGUGGCGGUGGGCGGAGGAUUUCUUUAACGGAUAUGCCACGCUCUCCAAUGAGCACAAACUCAUCUGUUCACACUGGGUCCGAUGUAGAGCAGGAUGUGGAAAAAAAAGCUGCUUCAAGUCACUUCAGUGCAAGCGAGGAGUCAAUGGAUUUUAUUGAUAAGAGUACAGGUUAGAAAAUAAAAAAUAAGAAAAAAAAAUUGGGAAAUUUAAAAGUUGAAUUUUAUGGGUUGAGUGUUUGGUUCGUUACAUAAAUUCUCCUGGUACUUGGAGACACAUGAAUCAAGAACUAAUGCUAUGAUGCAUACCUCUCCCUGUUAGUUCUUAAAUUAAUAUAUGUAGGGGCCUACAUUAAGAUUCCGGGCACGCAAUUCAAAAUAAAUUCGCAAAAGCGCAAAAUGAUUGUGAGGCUGUAGGGAAAUUAAGAUAAAGCUUACAAGCUGUAGUUUUAGACUUGUAAAAUAACCAGUUUGAGAGAGUUUUUAUUUAUUUAUAGCAAUGCACUAAGGCUAAGAAUUACACCAAAAAAUAAUAAUAAUAAUAAAAAACAUUUCAUUACUUUUUACAUAAUAUUGGCAAAGGUUUUCGUUUUGGGAGCAUGCGGAAAAUUGCUACAUGGAAUAUCUUGAUGUAUAUAAAUAUUUUUUUUUAAUCAAUGGUCCUGCAGCCUCUCCAGUAUCGACAAAGACUGCCCCUGGUGGAAGUUUAUCAGACAGCCCCAAGCCAUUCUCUCCACAAUCAACUCCAGUAUCUUCAAAGCAAGACCGGACCUCUACCACCGGCAGCAUUCUUAAUCUGAAUUUGGGUCAGUGUUUUGGGAAAAUUAUAAAAUAUUAACAUUGUUCUCCUUUUGUUAAGUUGAUUUAUCAGACAUUUGCACCAUGUCCGCUUGGUUUUGGAAUUCUCAAAGUAUUAUGGAGUGGAAAAAAAAAGUUCUGUUAAUGGAUUAAAAUCACUGCGUUCUAUCUAGUAUUGCAAUUUUUAUUUUAUUUUGGAUGUUGAAAAUAUGCAUUGUUGCAUCAGAUUCAAUUUGUCCAUAUGCCAAGCCAUACUGAAACCUUCAUAUUUUAUUACUUGCUCUUCCUGAUAACUGUAUGAAGAUUCCAAAAGUUUUGUAAUUUUUUUUUAUAUUGCAUCUAUAUAAUACGUACAUAUUUAAGUUUUUAAUCGUCUCCUAAUUAAUAGAGUUCCCUGAGUUUCCAUUGUAUCUGAUAACAACUAGAGAUAUACAUCCUUAGAAGAUCUUGAAUUUCUCUAUCAAACAUGUGUGUAUCUAUAGUUUAUUCAUAUUGUGUCACAAUUUAAAGUGUUGGAUUGAAAUCAUGAUCUCCACUGUUACCAAAGCCUGCAUAUGUAAAAGUUGAUUGAUGGCAGAACUCAACCCAAUGGCCAAGUUACUUCUUGUAGUGAGAAUUCUCUUACUGCGUGAUACUUUUUAUUUUUAAACUGGACACAUUUAAAAAACAAAGCAUGUAAGAUGAUGUAAAGGGUUACUUUAACCAAAAAAUAGUGUUUUCAUGGUUAAAGUAACUUUUUUUUUUUAAAUUCUUUAUUUUUGUUGUGCAUAAUAGUAACAUACCGCUCUGGUGCGCCACAACAGCGACAUCAGGAUAAGUUUAGAAAACAUUUGCUAUACAGGUUGUGACAUAUGUUAGUCAGGCACAUUUUUAAGUUAUUAGGAUUAGUGUUUCAACAGUGUAGAUUCUCGCUAGAGUAAUUGUAAAACAUCAAUAGUUAAACUCUGUGUGUCAGGGAAUGUGGACUAGGGUUAGGUAAGCAUACAGAUACUGAACCUGACUCUAUUUGCCAGUCAAUGCCACAUUUUCUUUGGAUAUUGCUUUAAAGAAGAAUUCGCUAGACACCAGAAAUGAACAAAGAAAGUCAGCUGAGAGCAGAUAGCUAUUACCCUCCACCCUGACUAGCUAUGCUAGACAGAUUAAAAAUGUAACUAAAUGAGCUGAGAGUGCUACAGUGCUACGGCUAAAUAAAUUGACGCUGGGACUUUCUGUCAAUCAUUCAUUCAACUUAGCUAGUCUGCUUCAGGCAUAUGCUGGCAAUUGGGUAUCAUAAGGGUUUAGCGUCCAUGUUCUCAGUAGAUACUUGGUGCUUAUUGUCUACACAGCGGUAGGUGAGAAGGGAUUCCCAGGGUGCUGGAGCGGUGUGCCCGCCAUUGGACAUGAAUGUGAGUGCUUCAGCCUAUACCCACAGGAGGGAAGUCUCUCUUGGUGUCUGGAUGCGCCCUGUCUUUGGUGCUUCUGUGGUGGGAGUCUGCUCUUGUAGUGACCUGUAGGAUGUGCCGCCGCUUGAUUGCUUGGUGUACAGCGCUGGUAGUGAUGAGCUGGGUCGUGCUGCGCUUGAUGCAGAGUUUCAGGUGAGGUGGGGUGCUUGCGUGAGAGGCUUGGUAGGCUAUUCCACUCAUGUGUAUUUGGGAGUGGGAGUAUCGUGGUACCUUUUCCCGCCGUGGGGAUUGCAGAUAUCUGCGUCGCCGUAUGGCUGUCCUGGGAGCUUGAGGCAGGCAUCUGUAGUAGCGGCGUCUCGUUGCGGGUCGGACCCAUGAUGCCACAGUUUUCACCGCCAGCUGGAGGGUCAUUCCGCCGCUGUGCAGUGUGGCCCAGAAGCUUGCGCAGAUCUGGUCUAAGGCCCCCAGGAGGUAUGUGGGUGGCUGGGCGCAGGUACUCUGCUCGUUAGGUCCGCGCUGGGCGGCCAUUUUGGUUGUGUCCUGGUAGUUUGGUGCCCUUGUCUGCUUGUGUGGUCUGUUCAGCUGCCCUCCGUGCCAGUCCAAGUGUCCAGCGUGGACCAGGAUGUCCCCCACCGGUCUGGGGGAGGAGGGGUUAGGAGAUGCGAGGUCUCUGAAGGGUUCCGGUGUCGGGGAGAGCGGCCGCCUCUCCCCGGCCCUAAUCCCAGUAGGCCGCACUUGGUUUCCCGCUCUCGGAGCUCCGACAGGCUCCGGGGUGGUCCUGAUCAGGUCCGUGGGACACCCCCGACGUGGGUGGUGUACCCUCGGUGGUUUUCUGGCAGAUUUGCCGUCGCUUUUACCCCAGUUUCUGCCCGCCAGGCAGGAGCUCGUGCUUUGCGUGUCCGUACGGCUUGGCGGUAGGCUCCGCCCCCAAAGUAACUUUUUGUGAUGGUUUGCUUCCAUGCCCCAAACACAAAAUAAAUAAAUGAAAAAGUCUUAAACUUGCCUUGUUUCCAUCUCCAAUGCCAAGUUCUUCCCUCAGUUCGGUCAUCUUUGGCUGGCUUCACUCCCCUUGCUGGAGGAUGAUCAGGGAUGACGGACUGAGGGGAGGGCAAGGGUGGCACUGGUGGGAGGAGAACAUGCCACCAUUGACUGUAAGAAACUGAUUUUGCAGAGAUUUGAUAGCUUGUUCCAAGCUUUCUAAUGACCCCCCAUGACACUGUCGGAUGUUGAGUUCGUCCUCUGGGAGGGGGGGGGAGGGGGCUUAGCCUCCAUAUGUGCAGUGUUGAGAGUGAAACGCUGCUGCACAUACAGACUCCAUGCACCAGGACUACAUUAAUGAAAUGGUCCUUAGAGUACAAAAAAAUUUAAAAAUAAAAUAUUCCACAAAAACAUGGCAUUACAUCUUUUUUUUCCAUUACUUCUGCUUGUGCUACAUGCUAGCCAAUGCAUUUCCAUAUGUACUAUAGGAAUUAGUUUGCUUUGAAUCAGUAAAAUUAAAGAAUGUUCAGAGACGCCUGGGCAUCUGCUCUGACAUGAUUUAUGCUCACUUGGACAUUUGUUCAAAAUUGCUGUAUAGUCAUAUAGCACUGCAGGGAUAAAUGCAAUUUAGGACAUGUCCAGACAGCCUGGGCAUUACGUGUAAAUAAAAUGUAAAAAAAAAAAAUUAAAUCUACUGAGAAAUUUGAAAACUAAAUGCAUGCAAUCUUGGAGUUAACUAUUGGGUUAUGCAAUAAUUUUCUUAUUGAGAGAGUCACUUUAAUGUAUCUCAUGUUUUGUUUGAGAUACCUAAGGUGAAUGUGGAGACUAACCCAGCCAUGCAUAUUUUCUCACAUUGUAACUAAUACUAUGAGGUUUGUACUAGGAUUAGUGUGAUUUUAAUAAAGUUUGCACUUUGUCUUUUCAGACCGAAGCAAAGCAGAAAUGGAUUUGAAAGAGCUGAGCGAAUCUGUUCUCCAACAGUCGACUCCCACUUCACUUAUAUCUCCAAAGAGGCAAAUCCGUAGCCGGUUCCAACUUAAUCUCGAUAAAACGAUAGAAAGCUGCAAAGCUCAGUUAGGUAUGAAUCAUCAAAUUAUUCCUCUAGCGGGAGUAUAACUAUUUUUCAAUUUACGAAAAAAACUAUAUUUGCUUAUUUUUUGGGGAAGCAAUACUCCAAGCGGGAGUACCGGGAGUGCUGUGGGACUGUCCCAGUUUAAUUUGACAAAGUGUUCUAGUACAGUUUGACAACUUACCUGGCCCCAUAGACACCGGGGGUCUCAUAAACAGAGUAAAAAGUAUCCAAGCUUCCUAAAACUGCUAUAGAUAAAACUUGUAAAAAUAUAUUAAGAACUGGGAAUCAUAAAAAGUAAUUUUAGUGGAGGUGGGGCAGAGCGGUCGCAGGAUAACUCAGCUCCUGCAAAAGACAACUAUAUAAAGCCUAUAAAUUAUGAUUUUAAGCGCCCACCUCACCCAUGACUGCGACCCUCAAUGGAUAAGGGCUACCGGAACUGGGGAGAGGCUUACUCACUGAGUUUAAGUCCCCCGGAGGGGAGACCUCUACAGCAACAGGCGGGACCUUUCCUGGCGGUGAGUGGAGUGGACGGCCGUCGCUCCACUAUCCCGCCUAACGGAACCCGACAGACAAGCUACACAUAUGAGGACCCGGUCCCCCCCCCCUUCUGGACCCGGUGGCCCUGACCGUGACUCCGCAGCUGAGGCAUGUGUGCAAACAGCAAGGGAAAGACCUUCUACCUCCUCGCUUUCAACUAAAGCGGCUCCUUCCUCCCGAUCCAGCCACUUGAGCCAGCAUUAGGAGGCACGGGCGACUCGAACAACCUCGAGAGAAGCACCACAGGAGGGGGCGCGGGAGACUGCUGCGGCAGAGGGCCCCACUUUAUGGAGCACUGCAGGCUCGCUUCUUACCCCGCUCGUGGCCGCAAGCUCUCGGAGAAUCAGGGAGGCUACCAGACUUGCCUAUUUUUACACCUACCGCACGCUGUUCCCUCGGCCGACGGUGCUUCGCCUUCUUGGGAGACUGUCCCCAGUCACCCCCUUCCUCAGUCACUCCCUUCCACUGUCACCAGCCACCCCCCCCCCUCAAUCACACUCUCCAGUCACCCCCUCCCUCAGUCACCAGUCAUCCCCUCCCUCAGUCACCAGUCACCCCCUCCCUCAGUCACCAGUCAACCCUCACUCUGCCACCAGUCGCCCCCUCCCUCCCUCACUCUGCCACCAGUCACCCCCUUCCUCACUGCCACCCCCUCACUCUGCCACAUGUCACCCCCUCCUUCCCUCACUCUGCCACCUGUCACUCCCUCUCUUCCAUGCUCUGUCACUCCCUCCCACGCUCUGUCACCUGUCACCCCCUCCCACACUCCGCCAACCCCUCUCUCUGCCAUCCCUAUCCCACCCCACACUAUGUGCAAUACACACAGUAUAUCCCUGGCCCACCCUGCACUAUGUACCUUACUCACUUUACAUAACCUACAAACUACAUCCCUGUCCCACACCACACCGUGUUCCCUACACACACUACAUAACCUAAACACAUCAUUUGGGGAAAAAAGUCAUUUUCGGUUUCGGUUUUCGGCCAAGGGCAUCUCACUCAACAUUACAUUCAGUCUUCAGUAGAGGCUCUUUCCUGAAUUCUGUAAAUCUCUUUACUGCCCGACAUCCAGCUCAGUAUAGAUAGGAUGGGGUUAGUAUCCUCCUGUUGUCCUUUCCUUCCAAUCGUCUAUAUAGUGCAUUAUGGCAAAUCCCUAUGAACAUUUAAAUAACAGAUUUGCGGUACCGUUGCAAUUGCCAAUAAAAUUUAAGCUCACUUGCCUAAUCAAGUAAAAACUCUUAGGUGAGUUCAUGAAUUCCUUGAUGACUUCCCUACCAUUACCAGUUUAGUGCUCAGCAAUCAGAUCCAUAAAGUUUGGGAGCAAGUCAAACAAUAAUUAAAAGUAAAUUGCCUUUUAUUCAACUUAGACAACCUCUGAGUCCAGAACCAAAUCCUUUUGCCAAAGAUUCUAGUUUUGGCAUGUGACUCAGUUGGUCUAGGAAAUGUAGAAUAGAAGUUGUGCCUCGCUUAAUAACUUAUUUCAAAUUUCAGGGAUCAAUGAAAUUUCGGAGGACGUGUACACAGCCGUAGAACACAGUGACUCGGAGGAAUCUGAGAAAACGGAUACUAGUGACAGUGAGUUCGCAAGUGACGAGGAUCAGAAGCCAAAGAAUGACUUGGGGGAGGAAGGGAGAAAAACAAGUGUCAAAGUCGAAAAAGACACCCCUCCUGCAUCCUUGGCGUCCUCGGUAAAAAAGAAGCCGAAGACACCAGGGGCAGUUGAUGUGAAGGAAGAACCUAAAAGUACGACAACAGAAAAAACAAGUCUGCCAGCCAAAGAGAAAGCAAGCACUGACACCGACAAGGAUGUGUUGGAAAAAAGCAAAACAUUAUCAAAUUCCUCGAAAGAAAAGCUAAAGGGAAAAGACGAGACGGAUUCCCCGACCGUGCGUCUUGGUUUGGAUUCUGACUCUGAAAACGAACUUGUUAUUGAUUUAGGAGAAGAUCACGCUGGGCGAGAGGGACGCAAAACGAAGAAAGAUCUAAAGGAAACACCAGCCAAGAGUCAAGAGUCAAGUAAGUAUUUUAUAUUUUCUUUCAAUGUUUUGUGACUAAUUUUUAAUUUUUUUUUAUUUGGUGAGCACUUUUUUUAGUGUGUAAGUAAGCAAAUGAUGAAAUAUUCAUCUUUGAUUAAAUGCACAGGUAAAGUUACUGCUGCAUUGAAUGCCAGCGGCCAGUCAACGCCAGAGACUCCUAUCCUGACUCGAUCUGCAGCGCAGUCUACUCCCGCUGUUGGAGUAACGGUAACUACUAGUGCCAUAGCAGCUCAGGCCACCCCAGCUGCAGCCACGGGCAGCCCGGUUAAGAAGCAGAGGCCUCUUCUACCCAAGGAGACUGUUCCCACCGUACAGAGAGUGGUGUGGAAUUCCUCGAGUAAAUUUCAGACUUCGUCGCAAAAAUGGCACAUGCAGAAAGUGCAGCGGCAACAGCAGCAGCAACAGCCUCCGACCUCCACUCCAUCACAGUCUCCUCAAGGAACACGAUAUCAGACACGGCAGGCUGUUAAAGGUACCUUCUCCACUUACUAUGAAAGCCAAAGAGAGGUGUAUAUGUGGACAGGGUUCUGUUUUUGUUUUGUUUUUUCCUUGUAUACGAUUUUGCGUCUACACUUGCUUGUGGGUAUUCCUAUAGUUUGCAAAAAUCUAAACUUAAGUGAGUAGAUUACGGCCAUCAUUUAUUACUCGAUGAAAUGUCUGAUUUCUUGCCAACUGUGAAAGUUGCUUUUUUUUUUUUUUUUUUUGAAGGAUGGUAAACAAGUUGACGUUUAGCAGAUAAUUAUGGGAAAUGUGUUCAACAUCAGUUGAAAUACCAAAGUUAAGACAGAUCUGUUGUAGCCUAUGAUGUGAAGCGUGUGUAUCUAAUGAUCCUUCUCCAUUUGUUCCAGCGGUACAACAGAAAGAAGUCACACAAACUACUACGACAUCGACCAUAACGCUGGUGACCAGCGCGCCUCCUAUGGCUGUAGUCACCAGCCCAGCAAAUGCCUUAACCACUUCAAUAAAUACAGACCUGCCCAUUGCAACUGCGUCUGCUGAUGUUGCUGCCGAUAUUGCUAAAUACACAAGCAAAGUAAGUUUGUAAUGCUAGGUUGCUGCUUCUUAAUGCAGAACAAGAUAUCCUUGUCGAGAUGAACUAACGUUUAUUUAAAAAUUAUUAAAGCCAAGACAUUACUUCUCACGUUUUUUAAUGGAAUCCAAGUAAUCCUAUAUACAUUAUAUAUUUUCUUUUUAAAGAAUGUCUCUAAUUGUAGUCUGCCACUCAGUGUACAAGCUCCCUGUAUAAUGUGUCCCUCUAAAUAUAGUGUCUGUGUUGUUUUCCUCUGUAUACGUGUUUCUCACUGUAAUGUGUCCAUCAGUAUAUUGUUCCUGUGUCAUUCCGUAUAUUGCUGCUUAGUUAACGUUGUAACAAGCAUUCCACAGGAAUACAUUGUCAAGUGCUAGAUGUUUGGACAGUCCUGGUAUUUGCGGUCCCAUGUUCUGCAUGUUAACUUCUCAGAUGUUUAUCACAUUUGCUAUCCAGUGUUGAUUUAGAAAUGUCUACCGCACUAUAUAUCUUAAUUCUAUGGUUUCUCUAAAGAUGCCAUUAAUAUUUUUUUAUUUUUUAUUUUUUUCCUUUCCCCUUUAAAUAGAUGAUGGAUGCCAUUAAAGGGACGAUGACUGAAAUAUACAACGACCUGUCCAAAAACUCUACUGGUAGCACUAUAGCAGAGGUAUGUCAGUUAUUCUACAACUGCCUUCAAAUAUUUAUAUUUACAAAUUAAUGCAAAGUAUGUCAAAUAAAAUGUCCCAACACGAACAGCUGUCAGAACAAAGUUGCAAUUUGUUGUUUUUUUGGGGUUUUUUGUUCGGUCGCCGCUAAAGUUGAACAAAUACUAUAACUCCACUUUGGGACAAUAUAUAAUAUUGUCUAAGGUGCUCUGCCAGCAAUAGUGAAAAAAAAAGCUACAUUGUUCCAUGUUAGCAUUUUUCUUUUUAUGUAGAUUCGACGUUUACGGAUCGAAAUUGACAAACUACAGUGGUUGCAUCAACAGGAGCUCUCCGAGAUGAAACAUAACUUGGGUAAGAAAAUUCACUUUGCAGAAUCUGUCUGUUCACUGAUCUGGUUAGUCCGUAUUUGCUGUAUGUCAGUGUUUAUUUUGCAAGGUCCUUAUUUGAUGUGUGCUAUGCCAACGGUGAUCUAACUGGCCAAGAUCAAUGAACGCUUCUCUUAUUGAUACAGAGCUUACCAUGGCUGAGAUGAGGCAGAGCCUGGAGCAGGAACGGGACAGGCUGAUAGCCGAAGUAAAGAAGCAGACAGAACUCGAAAAACAACAAGCGGUCGAUGAGACAAAGAAGAAACAGUGGUGUGCCAACUGCAAAAAAGAAGCCAUCUUUUACUGCUGCUGGAACACCAGCUACUGUGACUACCCAUGCCAGCAAGCCCACUGGCCGGAACACAUGAAGUCUUGCACACAAUCAGGUAUAUACACCGAGGAAUUAGUUAUAUAGAGUGACUGCCAAUCACUUGGAUGAACUGUGAUGAAGCAUGGCCACAGUUGAAUGAGGUGGCUCCAUGUAUUUUUUUGAGUGUAAAUUGGGAGGAGUGAAGUACAUAACACUUACCACUUUUUAUAUAUUUUUGCUCACUGUAUGCGUAGAAACUUGGCCUGUUUGAAAAUGUACCGUGGCAUGGCCCAUCAGAUGAAUGAUUGUUUUUUUCCCAAUCAUCUUGUUUCUGUCAUUGUAUUACAAUGGGUGCCUACAUUAAAGGAACACUCCAAGCUCUAUAUUCACGACAGUCUGCUGCAGUUUUUACGAUGCUUGGAGUACCCUGGCACCCUUUCAGUGUAAGUAGUCAGACCAGUUAGUUGCUGCUUGGUAUCUUACCUGGAGACCUUUGGGCACACACCACCUUCAUAUGGAAGCUCCAUCACUGAUCCUAGCAUGGCUGUGCAGUGAGCUGGCCCUGCCCUGCAGUACUUAGACCAGUGGAGCUCACAGAAGCUCCACGAAGGAACGUCCAUCUGAAUAGGUGGUGGCAGUGCCCAGCAGAACCCAGGCAAGUUGUCAAACUGUUCUUAAAACACUUUCACUACUUACAAUGGGAGGAUGGCAGGACACGUCUGACGGCAUUACUAUUAUUGAAUAAAAAUGAUAAUUUCAGAAAGUAAAUGUUCAUACCUUAAAUGGAAAUAGUAUUCUUUCACCAUAUUCCAUUUCAAAACAUGCACUAAUGGAGUUUGGCUUUUUCUCAAGAACAAAGAUCCCAAGACACAUUCAUUUGCAUUUAUUUUAUUUUAUCACCACUAGGUGGUGCUGGGUAGGCUUCAACCUCAUUGACUGCCUUACAAAGUUAGAAUGCACAACUUUUUGUCAACAGCACAAUUUAUCUCCUGUUUUUCAGUAAUAUCAAUACAACUAAGACGUUUCCAUUUUCACUGCUGAUAUGGACAUUGUAUUUGUGUGCAGUUAGCCUGAUACAUUUGUGACCUGUGAAUUAUUUAUUUAAUCACAUUUGCAGCCACAGCGACACAGCAAGAAGCUGAGCCAGAACUUAGCGCAGACAAAUCGGCACAGCCUUCAGCGGGCGCACAGCCACAACCAACAGAGGCUGCCACAACACCAAAAGAAAAGGAGAGUGCAGCUGACAAAAGCAAAGAGAGUGUCACUGUACGUAUCGCGGGUCGAUAGAUUUUCCAAAUUCAAAGUGAGUGAAGUCAGGUGUGUGUCUGUGUGUCUGUCUGUCUGCAGGUGGAUGGAGACCCUUGCUUGCAACCCAUCUCUGAAAUGCUUCACUUUUUUCUUUUACAAUUAACCCCUUAAGGACACAACUUCUGGAAUAAAAGGGAAUCAUGAUGGAAUAUUUCCGUCAUGUGUCCUUAAGGGGUUAAUCAUUCAUGCAGCAUUUCUAGGACAGAGAACAUGGUUUGUUUGUUUUUCUUCUUAACUUUCUUCACAUGUUCUAGAACUUUGGACAAACUGUUUUCUUUAAAUGCAUCUUGAUUCUUCCUCUCCAAUACUUUAUUUAAAGUCCUAUUUACCUUUUUUUUUUUUUUUUUAUAAAACAAAAGUGAAAUGUAAAGAUCAGUGUAGUUUUAUAUAAAACAAAGUAAAAAAUAAAAUAAAACCCUUAGGAACUGUGAAAUAUAACAUCCGAACAAAUUAAAGCCAGAACAACCAGAAUAGCAAACACUCUGGCAAUUAAUGCAGGUUUUCUAUUAUACACUCUGAAAAGUAAAUCUUCCGUUUUCUUGACAUGUAAUAAUUACAAAAAUAAUGCAGAUCUGUUCACCUGCUACACAAAUACUUGCUGAAGUCCUGUAGCAUAAUUUGUUGCAGAAAUGAAACAAGUGCUACUUGUUGGUGAAGUCUUAAUUUUACCAUCAGAGUGGAAAAUGUAACAACAUUUUAACCCUCUGUGGGAUUCGUCAUGACGAGGCUGAAUAAAAUGCAUCGAUCUGUCCCUCAUUGUAGAGUUAGACAGAUCGAGGCCUUGAGAUAAGUCGUAAGUCUAAAACAUAUCUAAUUUUUCUUUCCUGGAGGAAUUGAGCCUUUUCUCUCAUCAUAGUCCUUAACAAAAACAGUAAACUGUAUAGUUAACAUAAAAAUAAAUUCACAGUUCUAAUUUACCUAACAUUUUUUUUAAAAUGUGAUUUGUUUUCUCAAAGUUUUAGAGGAUAAUAAAAACCUUGAAUGAACAUCACAAUCUCAAAUUUGAUUGUUCUGUAUUAUAAUACCCCCUCUUAAAAAAACAAAACAAAACAAAAAAAACUACUAAAUCAAUUAAAAGAUCAUUUGGACGUAUCACAAUUUUAUUUUUGUAAAUAGACCUACAGCAACACAACAUGAUUCACAUGCCCAUAGAUGUACCCUGUUUAUUUAAGAGAGUGCAUUAAUAAAAUAUUUUAGGUGACUUUGACUUAUGGGAUUGGGUAAGUAAGUGUUUUAGAAUAAUUAUUUUAUACACAAAUAAACAUUUAGCUUGAUCUAAACCCACAUGAUAUCAGGUUAAUUGCUUUGCAGCUCUGUGAUACACUCACCACACAUUACUGUGAGUUUUAGUGAUACUUACCAAAUAUUGAGAGUUUUAUUGAUGUGGAACUCUGUGAUACUCAUAUAUAUAUACCACACACAUUCAUACAAAUCUAACAUUCUGUGCUCUUGGAAAACAAAAAUGCACAGGUUAGGAAAGAGGGACAGGGGCGUUGGGUUCCCAAGGAGAGACAUUCCUAUCAAAAGAGGAUCACAUGAAAGUAUGUGUGGCCUAUUGUCUUCGACAGCUGUCACUUUCCACAUGGUAAUGUAGUAGCUUCCCUGUGCUGUCUCUGCAGAUAGCAACAGGUCUGACAAGCAGCCAGCCAAUUAAACUGGUCCAAGUGCCGCAGACCACCACCUAUAUCCCAACUACUCAACCCACAAUUGUAAGUACCACCAUCGUCAUUAGUCUGCCAUUAAUGUUGCUGGCAUUCGAGUAGUGUAGUAUUUCAGUGUCUCUUUACCUGUGUUGCUUCUGCAAUAUGAUUUCACAGCCCCUUGAUCCCGUCCCAAUCUCGCACUGCUGUUUGAAAGCUUUGCUGUGUUCUUUAUAAUUUUUAUUUUUUUUUACUUUCCCUUUAAGUUUAAUUUAUUCGCUUCUCAUUUCAUUAUUGGCCGCAGCAUGAAAUUAACCAUGACUUUUCCCUCCCAGGUUAUAUUGCACCGACAUUUCGCUUGCACCUGUAUGUAAUAGAAUUGUGCGGUACAAAUCUAAUGUAUAUAGUAGUGUGUUUUCUUGUUAUUGUUUUUGGGGGAGAAGGGGGAAGUGGGAGUGGACAUGUGCCUGUGUAAGACUAGGUGCUGUGGGGCGGGGAGGGGGGUACAAUCUCACCCUACAUCCCCAGUUUUUACCAAGUGAACAUAUGAGUUCUAGAGAUGUCGCGAACCGUUCGCGAACGUCCCGCGAACGGCUCGCCGCGGUAGCUCCGGUCAGUUGACACAUCCCGGCCAAUCUCCAGCAGACCCUCCCUCCCAGAUCCUCCCACCUCCUGGACAGCAUCCAUGUUGAAGGCAGCUUCAACAUGGAUGCUGUCCAGGAGGUGGGAGGGUCUGGGAGGGAGGGUCUGCUGGAGAUUGGCCGGGAUGUGUCAGCUGACCGGAGCUUGCCGCGAACGGUUCGUGGCGAGCCGUUUGCGGGACGUUCGCGAACUGUUCGCGACAUCUCUAAGUCCCUCUCCAUAUUUCUGGUGGCAGUGGUGGGAUCCCCACACUUUCCACAUUUUUUCAAAUUAAAAGUUUAUUCCCUAAACAUCAGAUUAUAGUAAAUUGUAAACUGAAUUAAGAAAUAUAGUCAAAACGUGCUGAUUUGGAAAAAUUCUUCAACUCCUCAUUAGUCACAGCCAGCCUGUUGUAUUAUAUUAUAUAAUUUAGUAUUUAUUGAGUCAAUCCUUCAGUGUAUUCUCUGCACAUGCAUUAUUAAUAUCACUAGUAUAAUAUUCAUUUGGCAAACAUUUCUUUCCUGUAGCAUAGAGUGUUCUCUGCGACAUUUAAUAUAUUUUUUUCAGAAAUGUGUAAGUUACACCGAUAAAAAUAUUUACUGAGCAGAAACAAAUUGUAUCUGGCAUGGCAGAAAAUAGGGCUAGGCUUUAUUAUUAUUAUUAAUAAUAUAUUUAUAUAGCGCCAACAAAGUCCCUAGCGCUUUACAGUGGGUACUUUACAAAAAAAAUAAACAAGUUAAAUAUAUAUAUUUUGUGAUAAAUUUUAUUAAGAUUUUAUUGAGGAAAGCACAUAACCUAUGCAAUCAAUAACUUUUAUAGAUUAAUGUUGGGGUGCCAUUGUCAGGUAUAAGGAAAGAAAAUGCAAGUUCUAUUUAGAGGAUAAAAGUAGAUAUAGAAUGAGAUGCUCAAAAAAUAAAAGGAUCCAGCACUAACCCCCUAGUCGUCUUUAUCUCUUCUUUCCCAUUCUGUAUCUUAUGCUGCAUUCCAUGAUCGGUACCAAGUGUAGAAGCAGAAUGUGAUUCACGUUCCUUUUUUUUUUUUUUACCACAAUCUACAUUGUCAGCUCUCUCUUAAAGGGACACUAGUCACCAGAACAACUGCAGCUUAUUGUAUUUGUUCUAGUGAAUAAAAUCGCUCCCUUUAAGCUUUUUGCUUUUUGCAGUAAACAUUGUCUUUUCAGAGAAAACGCAGUGUUUACAUUACAGCCUAGGGAUACCUCCACUGCUCACUCCUCAGAUGACUGCUAGACAUGCUUCCCGUGGCACUGCUGCACACUGUGCAGUACUGCCAUUCAGUGUCUCCAACCCCUGCAUGGAGACAUUGAACUUUCCUCAUAGAGAUGUAUUGAUUAAAUGCAUCUCUAUGAGGAGAUGCUGAAUUGCCAGGGCUGUGUUUGGCUUGUGUUGGCUCUGAUCAUGAUCUGCCUUCCUGACAGUCUCAGCCAAUCCUAUGGAAAAGCAUUGUGAUUUCUCAGAACAACACUUUUGAUGAUGAUGAUGAUGUCAGGUAUGAAGGCAGAUCAGUGGCAGGGACAGCAGCUGCAGACUAGAAUACAAGUAAGAUUUUACUAUACUUAGGGGGAGGGGGGACUUGAUGGUGGUUUUAGCACUAUAGGGUCAGGAAUGCAUGUUUGUGUUCCUUUAAGUACAAGCAUAUCAAUGCCAUGUACUGUAUAAGGUAAACACACAAUAAUAAGACGGUUACAAUAUAACACAAAAAAAACCUUCACAAUACCUUUUCUGAAUGACUGCAACUAAUGUGUUGUCUAGUGGCAUUUGUAAACAUAGUCCUUUCUUUCUUCUGUUACAGACCAUCCCGGUUGUAGUGAGUCCGAACACAGGAACCGUUGCGGUGAGGGCAGGUGUCCAGUACGUUCAAACCACCGUGCCAGUACAAGUUCGGAGAGUGUAG